AGAUGUACCGCGCGUGCCCGGCCGACUGAACGUGUUUCGCGCGCCCGUGUACGACCGACACCGCGUUUUGGCCACAGGUUGUAUAACAGGCUGUACGGGUGCCGUUUCGCGAUCCCACGCGAAUAUCGCCGGUGUCCGCGACGGGAAUAAUAUCUGCCCCGUACCCGCCCAACCCGUCCGAUAGCAUUUACGGCCAUGCCGCCGCCGUCGGGACCGUGACUGCGCGGUGUCGCAAUAUUAUUACGACGACGCCGGCGAUUUACCGUAAAUUAUCGUACCGACACAGAUUAAUAAUACGAACGGGACGUACGCGCCGCCGGUGUUUUCGUCGCGCGCACGUGAGACGUUACGGUAUGACACAGCAGCCGGCCGGUGAUCGCGGCGGAGAAUGAUUGAAAUCGACGGCUACGUUCAUAACGAUAUCUACCAGGUAAGCGGUAUUAUUAUAGGUGUACUACUGUAAUAACAACAACAACAACAACAACAACAAUAACAACAAUAAUAAUAAUAAUAAUGUCGGUAAUACGAGUUAUGUCAUCGUCCGUCUUGUGCCGGCGCGCGUACCUGCGACGGUGCCCGGUUAUCCGCGACGGGUACGCGUGGUUCUCGGCACCCCGGCCGGCGUCCCAACGUUUUGUUGCGUCGGUUUUUUCCCCGGCGCGCGUGCCGAUCGAUCGGUCGCCGGGCGCGCUACGCCGGGCCGCCCUCGUGUUCACCACGUGACGGUUACGAUGCUGCGACCGUACCGCGGGAGCGUGUACGCCGCGCGGUUACCAUGGCGACCGCGCUGUCGGACGGAUUUCCCGUGUUUUCGGAGGGACGCGCGUACCGAGCCGCGAGCGUACACAAAUGUGGGGUAGUCCGCCUCUCGGGACGGGGUAAUUUCGGGGUAUUUACAUUGUGCGUUCGGCCCGCCGGCACUGCUGUUCCGCGGUUCCUGUUUUACGUUCGUACUAGAGCCCGGAUCUCGACGCAAAGUGCGUCCGAGGCCGGUGGCGGAUGGGACGGCUAGUUUGUCGUGCAUUUGAAUCCGGGACCUGCGCCCCCAUGACGACCGUCCCGUCAAAAGUAAACUGCCAUUCCGACGUAUUGUACGGCGUGUUUUCUUUUUUAAUAUUCGUAAUAUUUGUCACCGGGAACCAUCGUCGCGGUGUACCCGCGCCGGGUGUACGCGACACGAUUUCUGAAUUUACGCGAACAACCGCAGUCGUUUCGUUGGCUGUGUAUGAUUUGAUUCCCGGGUACCCGUUUACCUGCACCCCGAUACCGGUGAACUGAUUCCGCGACCAUUGUGCGGUGUGCGCGAGUUGACUCCUUUACUACUGUCGUGCGACAGUCAAACGAAAUUCAUAGACGCGCUGUUGGGAGUGCGGUCGGAAACGGUAACGGGUUGAACAGUCCGGGGACAAAAGGUCCACGGACAAAAAGUCCGGACUCGUUUUUUUUUUUUUUACUGUCGGACAAAAAGACCGCGCACAUUUUCUUGUUAUUAUCACUUCUACACUUUAUUAUCAUCUUUCAACUAUAUAUAUAUGUAUAUAUAUAGGUACCAAAUUGAGAAAAUAAAAAAAUUGUUUUUAAUUGAUAAACCUACGAUUUAUCAUAAACUUGUUUCGAGUAUUAUUCGGUGGAAAUGUUCAAAUAGAAUUUCGAAAAAACGUCCGUAUAUUUUAGUGACUUCCAAUGGUAAGCUGAAAACUGUCAUUAUUUUUAUUAUUGUAGAUCGAUCAAUACUUGUAUUGAUUAUUAUUUCAAAACGUAACUCAUUUUAAAUUAUUAUCAUUAUUGUAGAAUGUAAAAAUGUGCUCGGGCUUUUUGUCCGACUCUUAUCAAAACGGAAUUUUCGUCCGGCAUUCGUCGGAAACAUAGUGUAUUAAAUGCAGCAGCGACGGGACUAGAAAAUCCGGGAAAAACGGACAAUGAGAAGUUUUUACGAUAAAAGUGACGGGGCCAGUGCACACUGGUAAUCUCAUCGGCGGAUGUCAGUUUUUUUAGAAAAAAUUAAAUUUUUACCCGGCGCGCACUAAAAUGCGAUCCUAUGACGAAUACAUCACACUAUGACGGUGAUCCUGUACCUGGUACCUGAUACCCAGCUAAAAUAUUCCAAAUGAAAAAAGUUGCAAAGCCAACCUAAUUGACAUAAUACGAUUGGAAAACAAGUAAACGUCCGGGGGACUAUUGUCGGCCAACCAUCCCCCGGGCGUCACUUGGUCGACUGGCUGGAGCGCUCGUUCAACGCAAUAACAUUAUCGUCUUGCUAACACGCCUGCGGAAAUGGGGGAAUUGUCUAUCGUGCACGUCCGACGGAAACAACCCGGGGAGUCGACUGGUGCGUAAAGUCGGCCCCGAGGAUCAACUCACCGAUUUCGUUCGGUCGUCGCCAGACAACAGAAAAAAAAAAAAAAAUACUGUAUUGAUCACGAUUUAUAAGUGACGAACCCGGUACGCCCGAUUAGGGUCUUUUUUUUUUUUUUCCGUUUUUCCGCGGGACUUACCGGUCUUGCCAGUACCGAAACGCAAGCCCGCGGCCAGGGCUCUCGGUCGAGUGCCGCAGUCGCGCGUUUAAAAUACACGUGGACGGAAAUCGCCCGCGGAAAUGCGGCGUACGAAACGACGUUCGCGGGUAACCUCACGGGAAAUCGGCGGCGGCGCUCGGAAAUCCGCGCAAUAUUCCGGAAUCCGUGACGUACAAACUGUUGAUCGGUUAUUUAUCGGUUUUUUUUUCCUUCUAAAAUCGCAGGACGAGCCGGGAAACCGCGGAAAAAAAUCAGAAACGACAAUAACAACAAUCAUGUUACAUACCCGACUAUGCUACCCGUAGUUCGAUGAGACGACAAUAAUUAUACCAACGCAUCGUGUAUUGUAUUCACCUCUCCCCGUCGACCGAAACCGUCGUUGUUGUUACUGUAUCUGUUAAAAAUCUACUCUCGUCGUGAUUUUCCCGAAAUUUCGGAGGGUGAGCGGGUGGUCAACACUUAAAAUCCCCCGUCGCACACGCGUCCGCCACGCAUCUCUGUGUUAUUGUUAUUUUCGUCCGUUAUUCGCGCGCGCGCGCGCGUGUGUGUGCGUGUGCAAACUGUGCGUUUUACGUAAUGAACCUGCCGCAGCACUUGGGUUUCGCGACCGCACACGGCGUUUUGUACGGCUUCCCGGCGGGGAACGAAAACCCCCCCCGGAAGUCUUCGGACGUUUCGCCCCGUCGACGCCCGCGAACAAUUCAAUACGUACCUACGCGAUCCGGCCGCCGGCUAACGGAUUUCGCAAAACACGGUCGUUUCCGGCCGUUUGACGAAUGUUCGUCGGCGGCGAAAUACGAUAGUUGACAUUGCAGUGGCGAACUGCGGGCGACGUACUAUGAGGUGCACACAGUCCGCGACGAUCGAGGUUAUAAGCUCGAAUACGGUUUUUGAAAACGACCGAGAACGUCCGGCCCGAACGUAUUUGGAAUAAACGGGAAUAAAUUUACCCAUCUAAUUACACGCGCGCAAUGUACUGUUAGUCGCGCGUUUUUUUUUUUUUUUUAUUAUCGAUUGUUUAAACCGCAUAAUGUUUGCUAUAGCGAACCGUGUACGCGCGAUAAAUAUUGCAACGCGAACGCGCCGAAUUAACAAUUGUAAUAACUCCAACGAAUUCCGGCGACGACGACGACGACUUUAACAGGCGCAAACGGGCGAAUCGGGGCCACAAAUAAAACUGCGGCCCCGUCCGGACUAGGAUUUAGUGAACCCGUUUGGGCCAAUACUUUUAAAUUCUCAUAAACGCUCGCUAAAUGAACGUUCGGUUAAACUACGAACAUUGAUUUUCAAAUUAAGUAAAAAGUAAAUUAUUUAGGUUCACGUACAAUUUCUGUGCACAAAUUUAGUUUUAAAACAUACGAAAAAUCCGGUUAAAUAUAUACCUAAAUCUCUUUAUAUAAUAGAUAUCUGUGCAUCGAGGUCUAAUAUGCGAUAAGACAACGCAGAUAAAACAUCACUAUAUAAAGGCUCGCUAAGUAAACGUUCAGUUAAACUAAAACAACGAAAAUUCUGAACCAAACGGGUCGGUCGUAUGAAAGCAGUAUUUUUUAUUCCAAACGGGUCGUGUUUCAGAAAAAUUGUUUCGAACGGGUCCCGCCCGCGCAAAUUACCCGGAUAUUUGUGAGGGACGGUCAGCUUAAUAAUUCACGAUGUCGAUAAUGUACGCUCCGCGUUUAUUUUCUUUUUCUUUGUAACUCGAUAACCGCUCGAUUUCCGGUGUUUGGGGCUGUUCGGCCGGACGACGUCUGCGAUUUCGUCGCGUAAACCGACAAACUAACACCGGACUUUAACGCGCGGAAAUUCGCGAUUUCGUAACUGCUGCGGUCGUACAAUAAAAAAGCGUUCCGUGCCGCAGAUCCGCAGCGGCGUGGGUCGACGCGUCCGAUAUUAAUGAAUUGUCGAGGACGCGAUUUCCGUUCCCCUCGUCGCCUUUGUCGAUGCGAUUUAAUUUCUGCGGCGGACCGCGCAAUAACAUCGCCACAUUGUUUCGAACGAACGCGCGAUUUGUCCCCCUUCGGCGUCCGUAAAACAACAACCGAAACGUUCCAAACCGAUUAGAGAAGUAUACGUACAUCGAAUAAUAAUAAUGAUUUUAUUUGCUGGUAAUAAACUAUGUUACAGGUAAGAUUAUAGGUGUACAAGGCGGGAGAAAAAAAACAAACUAGCAUUGCUAUACACUGCGAAAUGAAACCUCUUGUUGUCGAAGAGCAAGAGUACUUAACUACACCCAAUACCUAUCAUCACUUACUUGACUACCGACUUGUCGACAACGCAAUAAAUUCUGUGACUCAGCGCGAGAAGGGCCAAUGUCAAUUUUUCCAAAAAGAACCACUUGGAAAUGCGUGCAAAAAGCGUACACGGUUUUUUUUUUUUAUUUUACAACAGCUUUCGUAAAAAUCGAAAAUCACGCAAACAUUCGCGUUAAAUGGAACGCACAGAGUCUUACGUGGAAUUCAAAUUUCAAUGCCCGUUUCCAAACAAUCGGUAAACGUGACGUGUUGGCCCCCGUCGCGCACCAAGCCGCGGAACUGUGUACUGUCCAAAGACUUGUACGGUUACGCGCGGGAUAACCGCUCGCUAUACGCAAGGCGUUGCUGUCGCCGCUGCUUCCGUUUAAAAGCCGACCGUCGGCUUCUCGCCGUUUUCGGGACGCUUGGCGGCGGCCCCGGUGGCCGCGGCGACGACGACAACGUUAUUUCCGCCGCGUUUUCCCCGUCGGCACAACACGCGACGCGGGCUUUGUAACGUUACAAACCGUGCGCCGUGCCUUGCGGUUUUCGAACCCGUCCGCCGUUAUUGUGUUGUUUACCCGCGUCGGAGUUUUGCGUCGCGCGCGGACCGUAUUCCGAUGGCGCGUAUCGCGACAACAACAAUAAUGGCUCGUUCGUUAUGGUAAGUGGGCGGACGAGAGACAGAGAGAGAGAGAGAGAGAGAGAGAGAGAGAGGUCACUGUAUUAUCCGCCUACGCCGCGCGACGAAAACCACGACGGCUUGAGAUAAUUGAUCGUCGCAGCUUUGGACCCGGACCGAGCCAGGAACGCAUUGGUUUCUACAAUGACGUUUGUGUUUUUUUUUCUUCCCCCCCCCAUUCGCCAAUGACUUUUCCGCCGAAAUUAUCGCUCCGGUUUUCAAACGCCGCGGUGCUUCGACCGAAAGGAAGUUUUAUCCGGGCGGCGUUUUAGAGAGGUCAUUUUCCGAUUUUUUCCGAAUAAUCGGGGGGGGGCGGAGGUGAACACUUGGCGAAUUUACGCAUACGCGCAUAAAAGAACCGAAUCGUUUUUCGUUAUAGCAACGGUUUUUUUCUUUGCGUACAUUUGUUACAAUACGUUACGUAAAUCGAACUCCCCUCUAUAUCCUACAUUCCCAACUUCUCACCUAAUGGCCUACCCACCGUGCGAAGUAAGUGCGUCUUUUUAAAUUUUUUUUUUUAGCCGAUAUAAAAUACGAGUAUAUAGGGUACUCUAUCGGCGUCGGCCCGGCACAACAAAAGCCCCCGGAUCGUUUUGUUUUAAGCGGAUGAAAUAUACAAAGGCCGUGAAAAUCAACGCGAUACCGAGUCAUUGUCGGUAAUAUUUCUUAAAAUAACAAUAUACUAUGUUGAAUAUUCACGGUCUACAAUAGUCGACCAAAGUCUAAACAACAAAUACUGUGUAUAUAUGUGUCUGCACGAAAGACAAUCAAUAGUGUUAAGUGACGACGUUUUAUAAAUUCCGACAUGAUGGCUGGGGAGGGCUGGUGACAGGCCCGGAUUAACGUAUAGACGAGGUAGGCACGUGCCUAAAGUCAGGCAAUGGCAAGGGCUAUUUAAUAGUAAUUUAGUAGGCAUAAUUAUACCUACUAUUUAGAUAAUACUUUGUAAUGGGCUAUUAACAAAUAUAUUCCUAUAGGGCUAUGAUUGGGCUUAAUCCGGCCCUGGCCGGUGACCACGGCCGGAUAUCAUCACAAAGGUGAAAAUGAUCGUGUCAUAUUUUCAGAUCUCUUCUAUCUUUCUCUCACUCUCUCUCUCUCUCUCUUUCGGCUCGAUAAUAUUAUAUUAUUGUAUACGCACAAAAACGGACGCCGUCAAUUAUAAUACAGACGAACUUGUGAAUUAUAUUAAUAUAAAUUGAACGGGCGCGCGUGUUUCGGAAAGAAACAAAAAAAAAAAAAAAAAAACGUGUUAGCAAUUAAUUUAGUUUAUUAUUAUUCCAGCGCGCCGGAAUUGAAAUGUUUCGCUGGGUGAUGCGAGAGUAAGCAGUCGUACGGAGUGAUACAAAGAGGAAGAAGGGACGCGCGCGGCAAAUAUUUUUAGAUCGUGUGAUAUGCCUAAUAAAAUAGCUCUCUCGUCGCGCGACUAUACCGUAAAAGAUGAUUAUUAUCAGUGACGCGCACGUGAUAAUAUUCGUAUUAUUUUUAUUUUUUCCGUGUCGCAAGCGGAAAUCGGAAAGGGGGCCGAGCCCCUUCGAAACGCGCAUACAGAUGAAAUAAAUUGCAGCUCCCCUCAGACAUACUAUAAGGUGUAAAGCGGUCUGCGGUCACUGUACUAUUAGAAAUAAACGUAUAGGUAUAAUUGUAUAAUUAUGUAUGCAUAGUGAUUUUCAAUCAAAAUACUGUCGAUGCGCGAAGAAAAAUAGUAAAAUUGUACAAAAAAAAAAAAGUUUAUCUACGUAUUUUUUAAAUUUUUCAUUUGUAAUACAUUGCGACUAGAUUGUUGGUGUUGAGAAAUAUUUCUAUUUUUGUAUAUUUUCAUAACACUCUUGUAACAUAAUCAAAUACAAAUUUUAAAUUUAAAUCUCGUUUUGAAAAUUGAAUUAACUGAUGUCGCUUAAAUUAUUUUGGUGAUUAAUCAGGUUUUCAUCUACGUUUGAAUUUUUAAAGUAAUAGUUCAAAAAUUUGAAUAUAACAGGUAAAUUUUACAUAUACCUACUCAUAUAUAUGUAUUGUAUAGUUAUAGAUGCAUAUAGCUAUGGCUCGAAGAUUUUCAUUUCAAUUUUCAAUUUUCUUUGGUAUUUUUUAUUCAUUUUUCUUGGCAUAGUUAAUUGUUGAUAUUUGUAUUACUGCACCACAGUUGUAGUUAUAUGCUAAAAUAAUAAAUUAUUAAAAAUUCAAUGGUUUAGGUACACCAUAAUAAUAUUUUUAUACAUUUCAUCAUACGUUCAUACAACAUAAUAAUUGAUGACUGACGCAUAUUGUGUAAUGUGUGUAAUUGUAUUUAUUUAAAAUUGAGUACAAUGUAAUUUUUAAUAACUAUAGGCAUUCAAAAAAAUAGUUCGGGUAAAAUCGUGGAAAUAAAUCAAAAAAUAAAUACAAUUACAACAAUGGUAAAGUCAACGAAAUUUAGAAAAAGUUUACACAUUCAUUUAGUGAACAUUUAAAUGUUUUAAAUGUUUAAACCUAAGGUAAAAAUGCAUACAUGUAUUACUGAGGCAAAUUGAUUAGUAUUUCCUAUGUUCAAGCAGCAUAAAAUAAUAUUAAUGCGGAGAUAAAUGGUAAUAUGCUUGUAUACAAUUUUAAAUAUAAUUAUGUGUGGGUUUAACAUGCUUUAACUAUAUGUCGACGGAAUUAAUUGAAAACGAUUUUUCAAAACAUUUUAAACCUUUUGAAUGUGUUCUCAAAAAAAAAAAAACAUUUUCGUGAAAAUCGACAUCACUAUAUAUAGGUAUAGCAGAUUUAGAAUGUCUAAAAUAAAUCGCUUUCGGAUUUUUCAUGGUGUUUUAGGUAAGAUGAUUUUUGCAAAGCGGUUUUGAUGUGCAAUACUAAAGUACUUUAAAAUAUCGGCCUCCCCCCCCCUUCUAAAAUUAUGGACAAUUUCAGCGUAUGUGUUUGUCGAGUGAAAGCAGAAAACCGUAAUUCACGACAAUAUUAUUACGGUGGUAUUAUUAUGCGACCGGUUUUGAAUAUUACAACACGAUUGAAAGAGGAAUGGAAGAGGUGAAAUUCCGUCUUGGUCCAACAUACGCGCGAAGAAUUUGUUUUGGUUCCGACGACGUACCGAUUGAUCUUGUGAACCGAUAAGAAUUCCAAAAACGGAUUUGAAUUUGUUGCCGAGUCAACUCGAGAUCGACUUUGAUUUCAAUUUUUUCGAUAUUUGGAAUAUUUUUUUUUUUUUGUAAUUACUCAUACUUUAUGUCUCGACUCGUUAGUCAUACUUUUUAGUACGAAUCGUUUAAGAUUUAGAAGGGAUAAAAUCGUUUAUACGGAAAAGUCGAUCUCAAGUAAACUUGACGAUGGGUUCGAAUCCGUUUCCGGAAUUCGUAUCCCUUCGCUGGAUCAAUCGAUACGUUGAAAUUAAAAUACGCGAUAAUAAUUCCAAUGUCGCGUGUGUGUUCGACAAAAACGGAAUAUUACCACUUUCAAAUCCCCUUAUAAGAGUCGAGUCACAGUAACAUUUUCCGUCUCAUCUGACGUGCAAUACGCCGAAAAUGCGUUUUCGGUACUUCCGACAGUACAAUAGGAUAGUUACAGGAUCUAACAGACCUAAAAUAAAAAAUAUUUCAUCAAACUAAAAAAAAAAAAAACACCAUUUACUGUGUUAGUCUUUCUCGGGGGAAUUUGUUGAUAUCUGUUUACCAGAUAAUUUAUUCGCACUUCUAACUUGAGAAGAAAAAAAUAUUAAUAAUACAGACAAUUAUUGUAUUAUGAAUGUAUCGAAAAAUCUCUACGGUGAAAGCAUGGUAUACUUUACGUUUUCGUCUUUAAUUUGAUGAAAUAAUUAUUGUUUUAGGUCUAUUAGAUUCGAUCCUGAACACUAUUGUAGGGACGAAAACGAAAUUUUACUAUAUUGCUCGUUGGUUAGACAAGAGACGAUAAAUGCUAUUGCGACGCCCUCCUAUAAUUUAUAUAAGCCGAGUUCGUGAAGUAUUACAUCAGUGGUUUCGGUAUGGAUACAAUAUUAAAAUAUCCGUAUAACAGACGAAUAAAAACUCGGCAUUUAUUGUUGUUAACAUAUUUUUUUUUUAUUAAUUCGUUAUUAUACUUAGUUAGCCUUAAAUAUAUGCAAUUCUAAUUUUACACAUAUCUUUGAAAUUAGUACCUAAUUUUAAAAACGCAUUGAGAUAAUUUGAUCCAAUUAAAAAUAUUUUCACAUUUUUAACCGUUGAACUCGACCGUUAGUAGACAUUAUUAUAUUCCGUCAUUACCGUACCGACCGAAUCGACGAUGAAACCAUUUUCAACCAACCGAAAAAGUCAAAAGUCAAUUCGCUUAUCUAUCGUUAAAAAGAAAAAAAAGAAAAUAUUUUCGCGUACUCAAUACAAGUAUGAAUUUACAAUAAUAUAUUUAUAAUAUUUCGUUCUCUCGAAAUUAUUAAAAUUCAAUGCUGAGCAGAUUAAUGAUUUUCUUCAACUCGGUAAAUUUAAGUUAAAUUUAAAUUUAAAUAAAGUUAAUAAUUAUAUAAUUCAAUUCAAUUAAGUUAGAAGUUAACCUAUAGUUAAAAUUAACUUUAAGUUAAGUUAGUUAAAAAAAAAAAAGUACAUAUUUUCUAUUACCUAUUAUAAUGGCCUAGUAAUCUAUAUUGUAGAUAUAGAUUAUUAGGCCAUUAGGCCCCUAACCGACGACAACAGUAAAAAAAUAACAGGCAAUCAUAACAAUUCGUGUUUUAAAAUGUUCGUAAUGUGUCGAUAAUAACAAUAUAUUUAUUUAUAUGAGCAUACAAGUAAAAAUUGAAAUCAACUUAAUUUGUUUAUAAGAUUAACACUAUUUAAAAGUUAAAAAUUAAUUUUUUUGUAUUCCUCGAGUUAUUAAUUAAGUUGAUAGUUCAAAAAAAUCAAUUUAUUAAGUUAAAAAGUUAAAUUAACAUAACUUUAACUUACUAAUUCGUUAAUGCCCAGCCUUGUUCAAAUAUAUUUCAACUUGAUACUGAUAAAAUAAUUUACGUACGUAUAUCAAAUUUGAAAACUAUCAAUUUAAAACGGACUGUCCAUAAUAUUAUUAUAUGCAGUGGCGUCCGAACAUUUCCUGCUAACUCGUGCAGUAAAUAAUAAUGAUCACUCACCACUCACAUAAUAACAGGUUCACAAAUAACUAACAAACAGACAAAUUGGAUUGUUCAAAUACGAAUUGAGGCUAUAAUUUGGAAUAUGUACAUGGCAGCUGACAAUUCCGACCCAAUAUCCACCAUCCCUGCUGAGAACCCGUGGGAUUGCACAGCUCGGUAAGGGGGUGUGAGCGCCACUGAUUGUAUAUGCAUAAGUAUCCGAACGGAUUAAAACGAUACUAUUCAGAAACGAAAAUAUUAUGUUAAAAUAUUUUCGAAAAUGCGAUUAAUUACGCGUCUACCUAAUUUAUUUACAUUCAAAAAGAAGAAGAAGAAUGAUGUGGAUUUUUCAACCGGUAAACCGAGAACAAAAGACAUUUUUAUAAAAAAAAAAAAACCUAUUCGUCCUGGUUAAUGUACAUCAGAGGGCAUUUACAUUAUACGCCGGUAUUAUAGCGCAGAUUGUACAAUAUAUUAUAAAAAUAGUUUUUUGACCCUCUUUAUUUUGUAUACUGUGUACGGUCGAACAUAAAUAACGCGCAGACGCUAUAAACCAGUGUCUUUCGGGAUAAAAAAAAAAAAAAAAAAAAAAUAAGAGAGAAUGAGAAAAGGAAAAAGUCAAACGACCAUUAACCAACAAAAGUAACAACAACCGCCCAAGUCUCGCGUGAUACGAGAUUUAAUGUCGUACGUAUGCACGCGUGUGUAUGUGCGUUUGUUUAUGUCUUUACGGCAUGUUAUCAUAACCGCCACGGCACUCGGCUGGUUAGUAUAUUAUGUACCCAAUCUAUAUAGUUAUAAUAUACAGGGUGAUUACCAAUCGCGAUAAAACUAAAUCAGUGAUUAGUUUAUCGCAAACCCGCCCCUUUUAUAUGGUGUCGUAUACGAAUAUACAACGCGUUUCGAGUAAAUUAAAUUUGCGUUUUCCACCCCCCUCCCCCUCCCCUAUUGCACAGAAUCGUUUUGUCGUUAUUGUUAUUGAUAUUUUUUAUUAUUAUUUUUAUUGUUUUUUUUUUUUUUUCGAAAUUUCACUCUAAAGUCUAAAAAUCCAAGCCGUAUACCCGAUAUCGACUACGUUACGCAUAAUGUUACAGACAUUUUUUUUUUUGAAAAAAUAAUAUUGUAUUAUUGUUUUCGCUUUCGCGCUAAUGGAUUAAGGAUAACGUUUUUUUUUUUUGUUUGUUUAUAUUUAUCAGACCGUUAUAACAAACGAUUCUGAAACGUCGAAAAACAACUAAAACCCCUCGUAAAAAUCGUAUUUGCUCGAAAUCUCCAUAAUGCAAAGAUAAUAUCGCGGAUUCAGAAAAAAAAAAAAAAAAAGAAGAAAAAUCGCUCUGUAUGUUAUAAUAUUCGAAUGCGAAUUUGUUUUUUCUUUGUUCUCCGAAAAAAUGUACACCGUACUCCGCGACGGUAAUUAUUAUUAAAUUUAUUACGAAACGGCGUAGAACAUCGCGCAGGUACAAAAACACGCCGACGUGACAACGUUGUAUAAUGUUAUACGAUAUUAAAACGUUAUUGGGCUGGCAAACGGAUAUCAUUGGUUUUUUUUUUUCUUUAUCUGCAUUGAUAAUACGACGACGUGUUUACAAACUUUGGCGACGGGUAAUUAUCACUAAAAUAUACCAGUUAUUAACGCGCGGAGACGACCAACAGCUGAACAGCUGCGGCUAUUGUCGAGUACGUAUCGAAAAAAAAAAAUAAUAAUUAUUUUUUUCCCGACAAAAACCCAUAAUUGCGUUAAUUUACCUGUAUGCAAAUUAUACGGUUGUCCGCACGUCACGUCAACAGUCAUAAUUGGUAGCUGUGCGCGAAAAAAAUGAUGUUUAUUAGGCAAUAAUAAUUAUUGCCGUUAUUUCUAGCAUUAUAAGAUAGUACAAAACAUAAUAUACCAUCGGUUUCUCGACGUCGAAUUUUCGAGAUUUCGCGGAGAUUUAUCAAAGUUUAUUGUCGCGUGACGGAUUAUCAAUACCGGAGUUUUGAAACCGCGUAAAAAUAGAAAUACCCGUAGUGUAUUAUAGCCGGUGCGUUAAAGGUCUGGUGAUAGCCGAAAAGGUCAACGGUUUACGGUACUGACAAUAUUAAAUAUUCUAUAAAAAUCGGAUAAUACGAUUAAGCUGAACAUUCCAAAAGACAUAAUAUUUAUAGGAAAUUGGAAAUUUCAUAACCGUUUGGGAUUUUCGAUCGGCAUCAAACAAACGAUAAAAAUCCAUUGGCACGUCGUGAUAGGCAAUUUAUGUACAGAAACGCCGAAGCGCCCAUUGGUUAUACGACUUGGUUUUCAUGGGACGUACGUCGUUUCACGUUGUGGCCUCGUAUUAUUCGUAGUUUUUGUUAUUAUUCUUAUUGUUUACGGUUGUUGUUUUUUUUUUAAUUAUUAUUAUUAUUAUUAUUAUUAUUAUUAAAACAACUGAUAAGCGCUUUAUACGUCGCGUGAUAAAACCAAUACCGUUCGUUUCUACGAACGAAACCCGAUAGAGGGGAAAUAAAACACCGCGGACGGACAACGCAAAAUAAUCUGUGGUCGAGAGCCAAAAGCUGAUACGUGAAAAUAGUUCAAUAUUUUGUCACGUUAUAUUAUUAUCAUGUUAGUUGUGUGCACUUAAUGUGUGCCUAUUCUCAAAGCAGCGAUUCUCAACCUGCGGUAGGCGCAUCGCUAAUGGCAGGAAAGUUCGUAUAGCUGUCGGUAGGUGCGCGAAGAAAUUUGUUGACAAGCGGAAAAAACAAAAAGUUAUUAGUUCUAAUGGCCACGGAAUAUCCGCUAAAUAAUAAUAAAAAUAAUAACUCUACUUUUUAUAUAUUAUGUGCCGAUAAUUAUGUAGAUUUGAUAACAAAAUUUCAUAUGGAUACGCGUAAAUGACGUGCCUACACAUUUUUCAUUCGAUUAGUAAAAAGAAAAAAAGCCUAAUAAUCGCGGCAAGUGGUACGUGGGAAAUUUUCGAAAUGUGUACAUGGUACGCGGAGAUUCGUAGGACGUACGUAGGUCGAGGACCCGUUGGUCCAGAGGACGGUAUAUCCGCGUGUGCCAUGUCUCCAUCUAGCGCGACACGGCCAAAAUUCGUUUAGCAGUGACAAUACUUUACGUUAGCUUUCAUAUUGGACCGAAUCGAAAAUCUACUAUCAGAAUUAAAGACGAGAACGUUAACUGUGUCGUGUCGGCGGUUUUAUUUUUAAAGGAGACGCGAGCGCGCGGUGAAACGCCACGAUUGAAAACCAACGCUUCCCAAUGUCUCGCUUAAAAAUUAAAAUUACGAGAGAAAAAAAACAACAGAUAUCAUAUUUUGAAGCAUCAAGCAAAUAUCCUGUCAUUAACUGUAUCAUGCGCAUAACAUGUAACGUAUUACAAAAUCGUAUUGUUUUCACGUAAUAUUUUGUGUAACACACUGUUAUUACGUUUGGCUACCGACCGCAAAUUAUUGUUCGAAAUCUUGAAUUAUUUCCCUCGAGACCGUUAAGUCUGGCACCUAUUUUUAAUAACGUUCGCCGGUACGACGCGGAAUCCGCGUUUUCCUUCGACAGUAAAAAAAAAAAAAAUAAAAAAAAUAAAAAGAGUCGCUUGUAUAAAGGUUACGUACUUCAUACCCUUAAAAUGUUUUUUAGGACGCAAAGUUGAGGAUAACCACACGAAUACUAAAAUAUAAUAACGACCUGUAUAGUUGUAUUAGUGCUUAGUAUUAAUGGUCUACAUUAUAAUACUAUAUAAGUAAGCUAAUAUUUUAAACGUGCUCGUUAUUCGCAUUAAAUCAUACAGUUGGUAAACAUUGCAUAAAGUCCAAGUUAAAUAUUGCAUUCGGUAUUAAAGUUUCACUUGCGAAUGAACCGGUAUACGAAUAAAUUAAAUCUGCAAACGGGUUUUAUGGAAAUAUUAGGUUUGCUACUAAUUUAUUGCAAAAGUGGAUAAUUUAUCGGGCUAAUUUAAUAUUAAUGCGCUAUAAAAUAAAAUUAUAAGCAUUAAUGUUACAAGUUAACAGUAUUGUAUCAUAACUUUACUGUGCCGGUACGAUAAACAUUUUUUUCUCAACGUUCCAGGUGAAUAACAAAUUGCAUAUUGUAAGUCUCUUUUUUUUUUUUUUUUGUCGAAAAGCAAUUUACUCGAGCCGUAUCUAUCAACGCCCUAAUUUUAAUAAUUCAACUACACAGGCUGUGUUAUGCGUUAUUAAUAACAAUCAGAUAUUAUUCUAACGUUUUAAUCAAAAAACACUUACUUUCCGAACGGUUAAUAUAAUUAAUGUCCUAACACAUACUACGUUUUACUGCAGCGAUAGACAACGUCGGUGUGUCGCACAUCAGCGGUGCGCUGGGUAGUGGGUGUCGGCGGUACUUAUUUGGUAAUUCGAUUGAAAUUUUAUAUUUUAGCCAGAUUUUUACACGGAUAACGUCUCGAUUUAUUGAAUACAAAUUGGCUUUUUUUGGAUCCAGCUUUUAAAUUAUCGUUGUCGCGUCAGCUGGUGUACGUAACAAAUAAGACGAUUCUACGAUUUCACCAAUCACGAUUAGUGGCGUGCACAGGGGAGAAGGUAGAUUAGAAGUUAUAUCCCCCCUCCCGUUGGCUUAAAAAUACAAAAAAUAUAAGUACCUACUAAUCUAAUACGAAAUGCAUAAUACAUAACAGCCAAAUUAUGUGGAAAAGCUUGAUGUGUUGAUUAGAAAUUGGUUAUUUUUAGGAUCCGGCUUUUAAAUGACCAAUUCUCGAUUUAUAUACGUAUAGUCGAUUUGAAUAGAGAAGACGAUUUUACGUUUCUUAUUUGCUGCAUCACAUCCCAUUGAAAAUUCCCGGGCACGCUACACUGGUCUCGAUAACCGAUGGAGAUUAUUGUUGUUUAUUAAAAUGCCCAUACGCGCCUUAUUACGGGUCGAUGUCGUCCAUUCGGUUUUAAAAAUAAAAAUGAAAUAAUUUCAAUUUGAAAAAAAAUAAUAAUAAAUAAAUGGGGGAGACGAAACUAAAACGGAAUGUUUCUCUCCGUCGAAACGUAUUUUAACUUAUCUGCAUCUGCUGUUGCAGCGGUGAUUUAUUAAUAAAUCAAUAUGUCUGACGUGUCGGUUUUUUUGCGCUCGACAAACGAAACGUUUUAAAAAUAUAAACGUAUACUUAUAAUACCGUUGCGAUAUCAACAAUAUUAAUAUGUGAUGUGCAACAAUUUCAAUAAAACAUUACGAAAACAUCAUACUAAUUAUUAUUAGCGCGGUAUUGAUUUUUAAAGUUUAAGCGUUAUCGCGGCUAUAGCGAAUCUAAAUCCGCCGGUAAUAAUAUCGUAAUCCUAAUAAAUACGCUCUCGCGGUGAAAACAACAAUAAAUUAUUGUUAAAUUAAAGUACAUAUUAAUUGCAAUCGAACAGUUUGUAUUAAAAACUCGGCUUAUCUAUUAGAUAUAAUAAAUGUACACAGUUAACCUUGCAAACGUUUUCAAUGUUCGACAAAUGUACGCAUUUUUUUAAAUUUUUUUUUUUUCUAAAGUACGAACGACAUUAUUAUUUAUGUUUUGUUUACAUUCGACGUCGCGAGAACGUUUUUAAUUUCGAGCGCUCGCUUCGACGGUGUAGUAUACGAAAAUGAAUUUAUCGCAGUCUUUAUUACAAAACGUGUUAUUGUUGGACAAAUAAAAAAAAAUAAAAAUAUUUUCCGUAUAAAGUUUAAAAGUCUAUUACACUAUAAUAUUGGACUCGUUGAAUGUUCGUAUAAUAAAUACCUAUUUGUGAGUAUAUAAAUGUGAAAUGGUAUCUCGGGUAAUUUCCGAAAUUACUGGAACAAUAUUUACGCGAGGUUUUUUGCAAAACGUCCAAAUUGUCUAGAGAAAGUGUAAAACUAUUAAAAUCCUCGAUCUGACCAAUAGAAAAAGUAGACUCAACGUGCAGUAGUUCGGGCUGGAUACAAAAUAAUAAUUUAUAAGUAUUUUUCAUGGCUCAGCAACCAUAAAACCGAUUCAGGGCAAAAAAUAAUGUGCCCCUUGAAAACCAAAGUGUGUCCCCUGAAAGGUUCUUAGCGGAAGCGAAAUUUCUUUUAUACAUUUACGUAAAUUUUCCCGAUUUUCCUAGGUUUUUUCCGGUUUUUCCCAAUUGUUGUGAAAACCGCAUGAAAAAUCAAAAAACUACAUUCUAUUUAAAGUACCACCCGGACAAAAAUUCCUUUCAAAAAAAGUACUACACUUGAAAAUCGUAACACGAUUCUGGUAGAAAAAUUGUUUACAGAUAAAAAAUAAAACAAACAUCAUUGUAAAAUCAAUAUAUUUCUCGCUACGUUCCGAAUUUAAAACUAUAAUACACAUGUAAUGUGUGUUCUGAAAAAUACUUCGGAACCCAGAGCCGCCCUGACGAUUUGCAGGACCUAAAAGUGCACGUCACGUAAUGCAUGCCUGCAGAAUAUAUUCAACGUGCAGUUUAACGGCGAACAAAUUUAUUUAAUAAACUGUUUUUCAACAACCAUGACUUUCUUUUUUUUAUUGAAUUUUUAUAUAAAAAUGCGGAGCCCAUCCAACCGUGACGAAAGCGCGGUGCUCUGGUUGCCCUGCCUUAUAGGGACGGCCUUGUCGACACUGAAUUUAUUCUUUAAUCAUACCUUAAGAUGUAAGAACCUUUCAAAAAUUUGGAGAGGGGGGUACUUUUUUAAGUUAUAGGACAUGAGAUUCGAAUUUGAAAAUUUAUAAUAAGAUUUUUAAACAUUUACACGAUUCAUAUUAUACAUCUAAAAAAUAGAUACAUGGUAAAACUAACAUGGCAUAUUAUAGUGAAUCACUAGAUUUCCCGUUUAAUAAUCUGUUGGAGCGAUAAAAUCAAUACCGACAUCCGACGAUAUCGUUCAGUACGAUUUGUUCAGACCAAAUGUAGCCUAAGUGGAAGGUGUCCAAUAGCGUGUGUAAAAUUAUUUUUUAUUGAAUCUAUACACAAAUAUCAAUAGUUAUAGUUUAUUCCAAAAUUAUUAAACAUUUAAACAAAUUUGAGUGCGUUUGUUUAAAGUAUUUUAGGGAGUAUAAAAGCAUUAUUUUUGUAGGGUUUUUCACAGGACAUCAAAUUUCCGUCCCUACCCUUACCUAUUAGAUGCAACUAAACCUAUUAUAGUUAUUUGUUUUAUUUUUUUUUUUCGAGUGAGCGAAUUCGAUAAGGAGGGCGCGAACAUCGGGAGAUAACGGUCAAGCAUAUUACGCGUGUCGUGUUACGCCGGCGCUUUGUGUCAACUUUUUUUUUUUCGUUUUCCUAACAAAAUAAACACAACGACUUGUUAAUAUUAUUAUACGCGAAAACACUUACGUGCUGCAGCUGCAGAUAACGCACGGAGAGAACGAAACCGGCUGCCGAGACACGAUAAUCUUUUUCGCCCCUUUCACCGAGAACAAAAGAGCAAUACUGUUACUUGCAUAUUGUAUUACUGUAUUAUAAUAAUAUUAUACUUUACGGUUUACGAUCCCGGGACAUUUUCAGUAUUAAAUAAACCGAGAUUACGGUCUCGAUUUAUAGACUCUCGUCAUCGUUCACAUUCACAUUGUGUACCGGUACCGAGCGCAAUAAUUUAUGUAACACAAAUAUAUAUAUACAGGGUGUAACACGAAGAUCCGACAUCUGAAAGAACUUUUGUUCGGUCCAAUAUUUUUGAAGUUUUGUUUUUCUACAAAUAAUUUCUAGCACUACGCGAUUCGUCCAGUUUAUAUGUAUUUUUUUUUAUUUUUUUUUUUUGUUUGAACUUAAAAUAAAACAUUUGAAUAUGUUCAAAAAUCGUUUUACAAAAUCCAAGAUGGCCGGCUUAUAAAUAUAUUUUUCUAAACGAAAUGUUGGCGUUACAAAUAUUUACGAUUGAUUAAUCAUGAAUCUUGUUAAUUUUCUGCGAUUUUUCUAAAGACCAAAAAUCGUUAACAAAAUUAUAUUUGUCGCGGACAAAUUUAUUGACGAUCCGAUCAAUGUUAUAUUAUACAGUGAUGGCAAGAAAAACUGAAAUUUAAAUUGCGUCGUAAACUUCGAAAAACCGCUGGAAAUCAACGGUUAAUCGUUUGUGAGUGUUUUCAACGGUAAAGUUUUGUUUCAAAAUAUAUUAUCGCAUUUAUACGACGACUACCUUGGAUUUUGUAAAAACAAUUUUUAUUUUUAUUCUUGAAAAAAAAAUAUGUAUAAAACAGAGGAAUCGUAACGCAAUGCUCUGCGGUAAUUAUGACAAGAAAAAAAAAAAAACUUAAAAAUAUCGAACUGAACAAAAGUUAUUUCAGAUGUGGUCGGAUGUUCGUGUUACGACCUGUACACUCGUAUAUAAUAUAAAUAAGUACCUAAGGACUCGAUUAUACGAUAAUAAUUCUGUAAUAUUAUUUCAUCCUUAGAGACGCGGUGAGUGUGCGCCGUCGCGUUGUCACGUCGGAAACGAUUUAUCUGACAGUUUAAAGUAGACGCGCGGCCUGCUGCGGGCUUUAAGGACGCCACGUUAUAACAUAUACGAGUACCUAUAUAAUAUAUUAUUAUUAUGAUUGUCGAUGGCGACGACGAUUUCACAAAAAAACCAAAACGGUCUCGAAAGUUCGUAAUUUAUAAAACGACGUGACGCGAGUAUGCCAACAGCCGUUCUUGGCCGCUGCACUAGCGACGUUUUGUGUCGCGAUAAUAAAAUAUACGUGAAGAGGACUUUUUUUUUAUAUAUAUAUCGCGGGAUAGAAGAUAAUAUUAUAGGCGCGCGCGGUUUUUAUUGAAAAUACGUUAAAAUUCGUUGGGUCGAUACCGAAAAAGUCCUUUCCCCCGCGGAAAAACGAUAGAUUUCACGUCGAUAGGUUUAUUUUGGAUUCUGAGUGAAGCGAGGAAUGUAUUAGCUUUACAAUGAAGUUCAUUUUUUUUUUAUGGAUCACUUUUUCCACCAGAAAGCAUACUUCGAUUAUCAAAUAUAACAUCUUUUCUGAAAGAAAAUGUUUUCUGGGUGAUACUUUAAAGAGGUCAUUUUUCGAAAUUCUCAUUAAUAUUCGAGAUAAUGAGAAAAACCUCGGUCUUUAGGUUAAAAAAGAUUAAAAAAUUAAAAAUAAAGUUGUCAUUGGCAACCAUUUUUUUUAAUUUUUUUUUAUAAUUAAGUUUUUAUUAUUUUAAUCUUUUUUAAACAAUUAUUGUUGUCAUAGAAACGCACAUUGUUUUAAUUAUUUUACCAUAAUAUAACAUAAUACCAUAUAUUGUAUUGUUGACAAAGUAACAUUAUCAACUGAACUCGGCUCAGAAUCGUUUUUUUCAUUAGCAAUGGUUUAUCGCUGCUUACAGAUAUACAUUAAACUCCCGUCUGUUUCCUACCUUCCCAACUUUCCACCUACAACAGUGACUACACCCGCGUGCGAAGUAUGCCCGUCCUUUUUUUUUUUUGUGGACAACUUUUCUACCAGUAGUUUUGCUCAAUUUACAAUUAUAUCACUUUUUCUGAAAAGAAAUCUGACUGGGAGGGUAUUUUAGGGAGCUCAUUUUUCGAUUUUCUUAGGAGUUUUCUGAAAAAAUGGCAAAAACCAGGAAAAACCGAUGGGAAAAUGGGAAAAUAAGUUCAAUAUUAAACAAAUAUUACUAAAAAGAUAUACAAUGAAUAUGUAAUUAUUUUACUAUAAUAUAACAUGCAUAUUGUUGGCAAAGUAAUAUUUUCAACCGAAUUGCGUUCAAAACCUUGUUUGGUUAGCAAUGGUUAAUCGUUGCUUACAGAUGUACAUUAAAUUACCAGCUAUAACAGUGGCUGCACCCGUCUCCUAGAACAGCUUUUUUUUUUUUUAUAAGUAUAGUUUUAUACGUACGCUUUAUUUUCAUUACAUUAUUUGCAUUUCGUGUGUUGACCACAGCCGGUAUUGAAACGGGGAUAUUUGAUAAAUAUAUCUCCCUCUCCUUCACCUUUUUUAAUAUCUAUUAUUUGUAUGAACUUUUUUGGGGGGGAGGGGAUUCGGCUUUACUAAAUAUUUUUAUUACAAGAUAUACGGUUUAUUAUUUAUUAAUUGUUAUACUCCACUACAGUAUAAUAGCAAAACGUAAAUCGAAAUUUCGAUAAAUUAUACUAAAAUUCUUAUUCCAAACUACACUAAACAGACAUAUUGAACUUAUACAUUAUUAUUAUUGCAAUGUCUAGAGCGGAAUAAUGAAAUUCGACAAUCUAAUCUCUCGAUUUGCACGGAUUGUUUUGCGGUUAACAGUACCUAUACCCACGUCGUGAUUAGUGGUCUAGUAUUUUCAAAUAUUUCCCAAAUACGAUUAAAUAACAGACCUACAGGUAUAAUACGUUUUAUUAUUAUACCAUUCUGGUAUAAUAAUUUUUAUUUUUUAUAUACAUUACACGGUAUAAAACAAUAAUAUUGUAGGUAUGUAUCAAAAUUAACUUAUCUUACGAAUUAUACAUUUCCAAUAUUACUAUAAUACACCUAUAUAAAAUUAACAAACCUCAAAUCUGCAGUUAAAAUAUUAGUUUUCAGUUUGUAUUUGCGUAUAAUUCAUUUUAUAUUAGGUUUCUGAUAGCCUAUAGAAGUAGGUAUGGGUUACCUAUACGAAGAUAAUAACACAGGUAUAGAUACUUAUUGUUAGUAACAAAUAAAGCCAAUAACUAUUUUCUAGAAAAUCUUAAUAUGUUUCUCAUAUUUGACUGUUAAUUUAUAAAUUUAGUUACACAGUAUUUGUGUAAUUAUUUUUAUCGAUUUUGUUGUUUUAUUGGAUACAGUUAACUCAUAAGAUUUUUUUUAUAGGUAACCUAAUAUAUUAUGUUAUUAUUUAUGUAUAUUAUAUGCAUUUUACAUUUCUUAUACACGUGCGUGAAGUUGCCCUCCACCUCCUUAUCCAAUCGACUUGAAACCUUCACCAAUAUUUUGGAAACUAUUUGGAACAAAAUACUAGUGUAUUAUAUGCAUCGAAGUGUGUUCAUUUUUAGCAUUUGUAAUAUAAUGACCUGUUAUAUAUAAUAUACGAAUAAUAUAUUAUAUUAAAAUCCGAUAAUAAAUUGUACGAUAAUAUUUCUCGCAUAAUAUAGUGUUUCUAGUAUUACAACAGGACAUCCGUUCGUGUAAAUCGUUUUAUCAUUAAUAUAAUAUAUUGUAUUCGACGGUAGAAAAUAUUGCAGUUCAAUGAAUUCUGCGUGUAAAAAAUAACUAUAUAGUAUUACUCUGCAGCACUAUUAUAUUCAUUUGUCGUAUAGGGACAAACUUUGUAUUCAAAGUAUGCAAAUUCUAUUAUUUAUUGUAUUAAAAUUAUAAUAAUUUAAUAAUAUACAUUUUCUACAAAAGGAAAACAGGAAAGGCGAAACGAAAUACAAAAAAAAAUAAACUGUAUUCGAAUCCGUUAUGUUUCUUUAGCCGGAAUAUUGAAUUGCGAUGUGCCCCAUACAUAGUAGUAAUAGGUAUGCGCCGCCGCUAGUACACGUUGACACAGUCUCGGAUGACGUGCUUAAAAUAAUAAUAGGUGCCUAGCGAUAUUAUUCACCGUAUAUAUGAUUACACUACCGAUUGAAUUAUUUUGAAAUUUUUAAUCGUAAAUGUAUACAUAUAUAUAUGUGUAUGUAUAGGUGUGCUCCAUAGAAAGAACUAAACUGGUCGGCGAAAACGCCGUGUUUCGAUCCGUGUUCAAAUUUACAGAAUGGUUUUUUUGUUUUUUAAAUUAUAAACCAGCAAUUUUCUCGAAGGAUUUUAAGUGAAUUCGAUGUCGGUAUUUUUUAAUCAUUGCGGAAUCGUUUAGUUUUUAUUUUAAAACUGUUUACAAUUUGUCACACCUACUCUGUACCUACACCUUAAAUAAGUAUAUAAUUUUGUUUUUCAAAUAGGAACCCCCUCUUUUUGAAUACAUAUUCGAAUCGAGAAUAUUCUCUAAAAGGGGGGUUUCUAUUUGAAAUAAAAAAGUAAAUAAUUAUUUAAGGUACAUGGAGUACCUAUGGAAUAGUUAUUAUUCCAGAAUGAUUAAAAAAAAAAAACAUAAAUCAAAUUCACUUAAAAUCCUGCGAGAAAAUUGCUGGUUCAUGAUAAAAAAAAAAAGAUACGGACGUAAUUCGUACGAUGAUGGGUGGGCCACUGUUGUAGAUGAGAAUUUGGGAAGGCAGGAUAUAGAAGGGUAAUUUAAUGUAUUUCUGUACGCGAUAAUUAAUUUUUGCUUUGCUAACAUAAAACGGUUCUGAGCGGAGUUCGUUUAUACAUAUUUUGAAAAGCCGUAAUAUUUUCGAUUUGAAAAUAAUAUAUUUGGUAAAUUUUCGCGUUUUUCUUAAGGUUUUUCCUGGUUUUUCCCAUUUAUUAUGAAAACAGAUAGAAAAAUCAAAAAGUAACCUCCUUAAAGAAUCACACAAGUCAAAUUACUUUUUAGAAAAAAUGUUACUGUAAAUGAUAUUGUACCUGGGUAAAGAGAUCCGGACCUAUUCGUUCUCCCCAAAAUUUUUUCACCGACACGGCCUAUUAUUGCGCAUUGCAUAUUAUUAUACUCACAGUCAGAACCACGGAUUUAUCAUAAUAUACAAGUGUCACUGUUGUACAAGUCCUGAAAUUGUAUAUCAGUAAAAAAUUGUAUUGAUUUGUUAGUGACGCCGUAUUUUCAAGUUUGUAAUCAUAUUAUAGCACGCAAUUAACUGAUUGAUUUUCACAUAAAUAAAUAUUAAAUAUUUACAUUAGCUUUCAAAAAAAAAACCGUUUCAAUGUCCGUGACUAUUUAUUUAAUAGAUGUUCGUCAUUAUUCAAACAUAUACAUAGUACUACCUAUAUUAAACAAAAACGUUCUCACUAAAAAAACGUUGACAGUUAUUAUCGUUUGAAGUAUUAGCAUCUUUAACGAGUUUGAAAAAUACAUCGCGUAUGGUUGGUAAGGAUGUAUAAUAUAUUAUUGUACCUACUUGAGAAAAAAAAUUCACAUGACUAACGAACGUCCUGAUUUAUUCCAUUGUUUUAAUUUUUAAUUUUUUUGAUUAUAAUCAUUAUUAUUUUUUAUUAUUAUUAUUUUUUUUAAAACCCUAUACUUUACUAUAUUAUUAAUUACGUCGUUAUUGUUGAUUAAACGCGUGAAAUUCAUUAGUCUGCAGUUUGUUGGUUAAAUAACCCACCGCGGAAGUCAGUAUAACCAUCGGUGCUCUAUAAUGUGUUAUUGAAAAAAUGCCAAGAAAAGUAGAAAAAAAAUUCUCCGAAACGAAUCGAUAGGCGUCCAAUUUAUAUCAGAGACCGCCAAAAAGUCUAAUAAUGCGCACGCUGAAGACGGUAUCAAGGUGAAAUUCGUUACGGGCUUUUAGAACAUAAUAAUAAAUAUACCUACUCGUAUAUAUUAUAGUAAAUUAUUACCCUAUAUCCGGAUAAGUGACUAAGAAAACCUACCGACGUGAUGUUAUAGUUAAUAGCACAUAUUAUGUAUAUAUAUUUUUUUAUAUAAUUUCCGAUGUGAUAUGAAUGUAAAAAAAUGCGUACAUCACGCGCGGUUACUGUGGGAUUUAGUAGUCGUCGUAAACGACCACCAACAUCGCUAACACCACGAAAACGAGCAGAUUGCGGAUAACUUCGAAGAUAAAACGAUGGUGGUAUAUAUGAGUAUACCGACGUUAAUUCGAAACUAAUUGCAUUUAGGCACCAAAGAAUUGCACAAUACUGUUCGAAACGUCAUAAAUCUUCUUCAAAAACCAUGCGAAGGUUAACUUGACCGAAGAAAGAGAAAAUAAAACGUCACCUGCAGCAACUGAUGUUUGUGAUGUUAUUGUGCAAUAGAUCUAUUUUACUUGAAACUUUUGACCGUGAAAAGCCAAACGAAAAUAUAAUUAUAAAUAAUAUGCGUUGUUUCACUAUACAGACACGUUAAAUGACUCAUAGAUUAAAACAAAAACCAUCCAAUCAAUCGGCGUCCAUCUUUUUGGCAGCGAUUGUCAUUACAAUGACGGUCGAUCUAAUAAUGCACUAUUAAAUAUGCACUGCAAAUGUCCAAACAAUAAAUGUAUUUUAUUUUAUUUUAAAUAACGAAAAAAACCGUUGUGUUAUAUUUCCUAAUCUUUUUAAUUCCAUGUCUACUUCGUAUUUUUGAACUCCCAAGUCCUUUCCUUUUUUACUAACUAAUAGAAAAAAAUAUUGCCGUGUUUCGGCAAUGUAUUUUUCGGUAAACUAGCUACUGUUGUUUGCUACUUGGUUGCAAUAUCGCCAAAACGCUUUGUUUACUGCACGAUAUUUGUUUUCUUGUAUCGUGGUGUUAACGAUAAUAUGAUGAUUAGACAGUAUAUGCGCUUUAAAAAUACAAUAUAUGUAUGUAUAAUUUGUAUUUUAUUUAAUUACCAUUUUCAAUGUAAAUAACGAAAAUUAAUUAUGGUACUUGUAAUUUAAACUUUAUUAGGCAAUCUCAAUCAACUGUUCUCAAAUUCAUAAAAUUAAGUUUGACCGUUUUACAAAAUAUGUAUAGUAAAAAUAAGCAUAUUGGAAUACCUAUUGACGUUUACUUAUAAUAGUUAAAUUUCACAAAAAGUUUCAAUUUUUUUUUUCAUCGUAAAUUAUGUUAUCAUAUAAUAUAUAUUAUAUUUAUCUUGACAAACAUAAAUAAAAAUAAAGGCCAUUGCACUGAUGUAAUUAAGUUUAUUAAAAGUAAAACAAAACAAUUACAUAUCAAAAAACUAAAAAUGGCUACUUAGAAUCUAAUAGAUCUAACGUAUUUUUCAAUCUUGAUCGCCGGUUCCGGAGACCUGGUUCUCGAAAAGCAGUAUUGUCAGGUGGAACGAUCCUGGUGGAGAAAUAAGUCAAUAUUGACCUAAGUACGAGAUUUAAGAUGUCGAUCGUAUACUCGGUACGACAAUUAUUUGAACAUAUAGUACAUACUACAUUUUUGAAUGAUUUAUUCCAAAACCAAAUGGUUUAAAAGCCUUUCGACAAUAAAAAAAAAUAUAUGUAUAUUAUCCGUUGCUAAUUUCAUAUAGUUAUAAAUUAUUAUCACAUUUUCAUAACCACGAUAUAAUACUACCCAGAACCGUGACCACGAUUGAAAUAGUAUAUUUUGUUGUGGUUAUUCGAUAACAUGUAAUAUUAUGUUUAUCAUAUAGUAAUUUAUAGACUAUAGUUGAAAUAUUGAAAAAUCAUAUUUUAUAAUAAUCACAUAGAACAGAAAUCCUUGACUGUGAUAAAGCUGAUAACGUCUUGAAUGUAUGAUAACAAUUUUGUGCCGCAAUCUACUGUAUAAUACAAAAUACAAUUUAUAAAGACCCAGUACUGUUAGGUAUCUAGUAUACUAUUAUUUAUAUUUGUUAUCAUUUCAAAAUGGUAAUUAAAUAUAAUACAAAUUAUAUAUAUACUCGUAUAUUGUAAUUUUUACAUUGCAUCGUAUCAUACUAUCGUUAUCACCACAAUUUAAGAAAACAAACAUCAUGCAGUAAACAAAGUCUUAUAAUAAUACAGUUGAAUGUAUUUUUCCGAUUAUGACUCGCAGUAGUAACAAUAAAUUAUUGUAGGUGUAGGUUUGCUAAUCAACAGCAGCUGCUCUAAUAUACAUAUUGUGCUGUUAUCAAUUUUUCUUGAAAUUUUAAAUCGUUUUAUUGUAUACAACUACCUAUAUUAUACGUCUAUGGAAAACGAACAAUAUUUUCCGUGUUAUUAUUAUUAUUUUUUUUUUUUUUAACUCCGAUUCGAAAAGAUAAUAUUCUUUAAAAAAAUCUUUAACGCAUCGCCAGCUACCCAGCAGAAACCCGUAACCUUUUUUUCUGUUAAGAGGACUUUGUAUCCGCGAGAUAUAAUCAAUUUUAAAUAGUGAUAUUUCACACUCAUGUCUCGCUUGAAAAUUAAAAUCACGAGAAAAAAAACCGAACGGCACAGAGUUAUCCCUGCUGAAUUAAAAUUUGCUAGGUCGAGCAGUUGUAAAACGGAAACAGCACAAGAGCGUCCUCUUAACGACUUUUCCACCAGAAAUCUUGCUCCAUCUUGCUUUCCAGUAACUUUCUCGUAGGAUUUUUCAUUUAGCCGGUACAUUGGUCAUUUUUUGAUUUUCCCUGCAAUUUUCUUACUAACAAGUUUUGGAAAAUUUGUUAAAAUCGAUUAUCCUGGGUAGCCUACGAUAUGCAUAACACCAUUUGCCCAAAAUAUUAUAUGACGUACCAUUAUUAUGAUUUACAAAUAUACCAGUUCAAUAUUUAGGGCGAACGAGGUUUUAGACAAAUAUUUACUAAUCGUAUUUGAGUUUUAAAAUGCCAGUUGCUAUUGGCGAAAAUCAACAUUUGUUGGGCGUUUAUAGUAAACGAAAUAAUAAGGGGAAAAUGUUGACAAUAUCGUAACCAAUACAAUAUCAUCAAACGAUUCUAUCGUUUUUUUUUUUUUCUCGAACAAGACUGAAACCAAAUUUACCCAACAUUCGCGUAUAUAUAGCUAUAUAGAUAAUUGCACUGGUUCGUGAUAAAAGAAACACUCUGUAUCAUACAUAAAUAAACAAACGAAUCUAUAAAUAUGUACACGCGCGAUACAAUAUUAUCAUUCUGAAAGUUACGCAAUUUUACAAGAUAUUUUAAUUAAUAUGCUACUAUAACGACGAAUACUAUACAGAUGGAGAUUGCACAGUUAUCUGUUAAUAUGAACGCUAAACGUAAUACGAAUAGGUAUGCAAUUUAAAUUUAAAACCGUAAUCGAAAUUACCUAUUCUAAAUUUUAAUUCGAAAUAAAUUAUUAAACUACAUUAUUAUAUUAUACGCAAUAUUACAAUAAUUAAGUAGUCGUGUUUUCAUAUAAAACUUUAAAAUAAACGAUUAUUAUCGAAGUAAGUAUAAUUAAAACGGUCGUACACGUAAGUUAAAAACGUUUAGUGGUAUUCGAAUACCCGCUGAACAUUUUAAUUAUAUAUUUUUUAACGUACAAUUUUAAUUGCUAUUAUUUAACGAGUUUUAAAAAAAAAAAAAACCUUAAUACAAAAAACCUAAUACAAUAUAAUCUUCUUGGUGCGAAAAAGUCGUCCGAAAUUACGACGAUUUUACGUACCUAUAAUAUAAUAUAAUAUAUAUAGUAGUCUACCCACGCGCCGAUUCUUAUGUCUUUUAUAUUCGAAUUGACGGACGACGAUGACGCGAAAUUUAUCAAUUUAUCAAUUCCGGACCGGACCGUGACUAAAUCUAGAUCCUUUUAAUAUUGUCGUACGCGCAUUAUGAAUGUAUUGCUAAUAAUAUACGUUGUAUUUUUCAAACUUGCGUUUUUUCGGGUGGGAGGGUCUUUUUAACCUUGGAUUUCGAAACACUUCGUUGGUAUAUACUUGCAGAUCGUAUAUAAAUCGUUGUACAUGCGCACGCCUCAAGGCGUGUAAUAAAUAAGUACGUUUUCAACUUUUUUAUCGACAAAUGUUAUACACCUAUAUUUAUACAGAGCGAUUCUUUUGUAACCGAUUUACUCGGAUGUAUACAUUUGAUAUCUGUUUUUUUUCUCCAAUCGUUGUCGAAUCGUUAUAAGCAUUAUUUUAAAAUGUGUAGCCCUUAUGCGUUUAAUUAAUAUCAAUUGAUGAUUUCCAAACGUCAACCCGCCCACCCUCCAAUUUUCAACCAGUCAUAAUAAACACAAUAAUGCUGGUUCGCGAUAAGAGAAUUGUAGAUACUAUGUUGUAUUUCAAGUUGAAGCAAUAUGAUCAGUUACCUCUGUUUCAAAUAGUGUGCACGCUAAUAGAAAACUGAAUAUAAAAAAAAAAGAAUUUUCAUCGAGUUUAUUAAAAAAAAAAAACGAACAAUAAAUCAUACGACAUUAACAGUUAUAUAAUUGUGUGAAUAGCGCAGGAUUUCGUAAUUUACCGGAAUGUUUAAAUUAUUUCACUGUGCGGCGGCGGUUUAUUUCGGGGAUAAGAUUUUUGUCAUUCCUCUCUUCUGAGGGACGCGCACGGAAUUAAAUCGAGAAUAAUCUCCGCGCGUCGCCGUGUCGGAUCUCCCUCCCCCCCCCUUGCCCCUUGUUUUAUUUUCUCCGUUAAUAAAAGUUAAAAACGAUUUAUUAAACUCGUAUAGUAUAACACGUAAUGCCAUAUAAUACUAUAACACAUAUUAUACAGUGUAGGCCGUUUAAACAAUAAACUCGACGUGACGAUAGUGUUCGUACAAUAUUAUUAUAAUCGCCUGUAAAGCUGUAACAUAAGGUUGGCUCGAAAAAUGUAUUUAUUUCACCGCAAUAAUACAUUUAAUAUAAUGUACAGUGACGGUGAGUCAUCUCUAUAAUUAAAAUAAUACACAUAUUAACAGCGAAUCGGCGUGCGGCGUAUAGGUAUCAAAAUGUUCGUUCGUUUACAAUAUUUUAACACACGUAUACGUAUACGCGAUAUUAUUUAUGUUAUUAUACACCGCACAUCCUCGACACCUAUGGUAUAAAUAAUGUUAUUUUACGGUUUUUAUAAUAUUAUGCUCGUAUAGCCCACACAUAUUUCCCCAAAAAACAGCAGAGGUAAACGCCGUGCAGUAUCCGUUUUAUAAUGUUAUCAUAUUCGUAAGCACCCGUAUGUUCGCGCGCACUUUCAAUGUUUUUUAAUAUUAUUUUAUUAUUGAUACAAUGAUGUCUGUGUGCGGUUCUCUCGCCAAGUCUUAUGAAUUAUUAAAAUUAUUAUGAUAUUUUGUCGUUUGGAUAAUUGUAUUAUAUGUGUUAUAAAGUAUUCAUUUUGCGCAGAAAAUCGCAUUCUACACGGAAAAAAUUGACACACGAUUUUAAAAUAUGUACAUAUUUAAGUAUCUAUUUUAAGUAAAAAUAAAAAAAAAAACAUAGUGGGCGUAUUACCGUCCGUAAUUCGAUUUUAAAAAAUGUUUUGUUAAACACUAGUUUGUAAAAACUAAUCGGGCUGUAAACGUAAUUGGAAAAAAAAUUGUCGCCAUUAUAAAAAAAGGAGAACUGUGCUGCGUUGGUGUUAUUUUUUCGACAUUAUAAAUGAAAAAAACAAAAUUAUUAUCGUUUAAAAAUCUGACGGUUUUUCUUAUAAUAAAUUAUUCGUAAUAGAAAUAUUGAAAAAUCGAAACCAACGUUCGUAAACAUUUUUGUUUAUUUCACGAUUCACAUUACUUAUACUCAAUCCCUUUGAAUACGGGAUGUACCACGUAGUCCUCUGUAGAUGACAGCCGACGAUGCUUUGUUAUAGUGGUUUUAAACCUGGGAGUGACAAAUGAUAAUUAUAGGAUGUCGCCAAAAACCAUAAGUAUCAUAUUGUAUUCUGUAGUAUAUCGUAGUAUUCAAGGUCUAUUAAAUUAUUUUUGAACGGGGCGUCUCGCGCGAAAAAGAAUAUUAAUACUCUCAACAAUCAGAUAUCGAAUGCACAGAGAACUCUAAGUAUUUAUCUGAUAUAAUCGACUUUUUUCGGAGGUCCAUUUAUUUUUACGGAAAUCGUAUUUUAAUGGGUCGCGACGAUAAGCGUAAAAAUCGUAAUUUUGUUAUUUUAUUUUACUGCUAUUUGAUUUGAAUAAUCAAACGGUUUCGUAAUCUUGUGGGUAAACAAUCUUUAUUCCGAGGAUUUCUCGUCGUGUAUACGCACCCAUUAAGAGGACGCUGUACCCGCAUGUGCUGUCUCGGUCCAACUAACGGGCAAUAUAGCAAUAUCUUCCUUACACAGACCGCGUAGAACUCUGGUUUUAAAGUUAAAUCACCUAUUAUAAAAAUAAAAAAGAGGAUAAUAUUUCGGAGGGCAAGACGAUGCGUUUUUCCUAUUGUUCUAAUUAUUAUUCCGGACAUAACGUUAAAAAUGCACCGUUUAAAAAUAAAAACUACUUCAUCGUUUUUAAAUGACUGUAAAAUUUCAAAAAAAACAUAUUCUCUCGCCCACCGAAAAAUUGUCUUCUUUUAAUUUUAUAAAAGGGGCUUUUACUCUAGAACCAAAAAUAAGCUAAUUCUACGCUGUCACAAUUGGACUGAGACAGCACAUGCGAGUAUAGCGUCCUCUUAAGACGGUCCGCGUUAUAGAUUUUCAAUACUUACGUACUCGUUAUUGUAUAUAGGUAAAUAUAUGUAAUACUCAGUAUGCGCACGCACGCGGUGUAUACGUGUCGUCAACGCCUUUAAGUUCCAAUAAACGGUUUUCGCGUGCGAUAAUUACGAAUAUUGCAUAAAAAAAAAAAAAAAAACGCAUAAAAUAAAAUCACCUUUAUCGACACGGAAAUAAUAUUAUUUUAGAUACGAUUAUUUGAUGUCGCGGUACCUACGCGAGUAUACGUAAAACCUUUCAUCAUAUUUUAUUAUAAUGAUAGUUUUUCAGCGUAAAUAAUGUAUACACACACGCAAAGAAAGUGAAAUGUAACUCUGUGCAAAAUUAUUACGUAUGUUGGUACACACGUAGGUAGUUAAAACAAUUAUAUGACCAUAAUAGGCGGUAUUAAUAAUAUUAUUGUAGGUAGACGAGUAUUAUCGCACCGGUUAUAAAAUUUGUUUUUACAUAAUAUUUUGAAUUUUUCUCUCCGGGCUCUAAUCGAACAUGUUUUUUUUUUUUUGUAUUAUUAUCUAUCCGAUAAAAAUGCGACGGUAAAAUUACCACCGGCGAGUGCAGCGGACUGCUGCUGCAGUUAAACCUACCGAAUAGUAGGCCGUCACACACGAAUAGUUUUUUUGAAAGUUUUUAACCGCGAUCCAUAACCGACGGACGGUUCAAUCGUCAGUUUCGGAAUGUCACGGUUCUGAUCUGUCCGUUGCCCGCUUACGCGACAUUACUGUCCUCUCGGUUGUCGGAGUACAAACCCUUGAAAGAUCGGCAGAAUCGCCGGUUAGCGGUGUAAGAACUGCCGGAUAUUUCAUCGAUCCGGAUGUGUCCCGUGACCUUUAGACCCAACUGUAAUAUGCCAAGGGGAUUUGACGCGGUUCUGUCGGGCUACUAAUUGUACUAUUAACAGUUUUUGGAAUGCCCAGACGAAUUCGCGACGGAUUUUCGUACGGUUUUUAAAACCGCGCAUCGCGGGAUUUUUAAACGUGUCGUCCAUACUGUAACUAUCGUUCCGAUGUGACCGUUCUGAAGUACGAAAGGCCAAAACUGUCGGAAAAUACCCGCUCGUGUACCCCCAAUAACAGUUUUGUACGCGCGCGCGCGACGAUGACGACGACGUCGAAGUGUGAAUUUCGAAAUAUUUUGCGCUCGGCGGACCGUGAAAAGCGCCUAUAGGUACCGAUACGUACGUAUCAUUAUAAUAAUGUUACGUACACCGGGCAAACGAUAAUGAACGAGGAUACAACCGGGUUUGGGACGGGCCCGACGAUAAAAACGCGCGGUGUUAUAGCUGCAGGUUCGGUAAUAUAUACGAUGCGAGUAGCGUUGUUCGCGUAUAUCGUAAUAUUAUAAAAAAAAAAAAAAAACUACGGGCGCGCGCGCCGUACGUGACCAAAGUCAAUCGCCGAACAGGCGGGCCUCAGUACGCUCCGUGCGUAUAAUGUAUUGUAUUAGUGUUGGGCAGCGCAGAUACGUAUAUGAUGACAAUGUCGCUGGUAUUGUUAUUACAACGCUAUACGGUAUUGUGGUCGAAUUUUCUAAUUAUUGUUCUCGUCAAACGUAUCCGGCGCGUCGAAAUCGGAAAAUAUAAUAUGGGACUCGUGUCGGUCGCGCCCGCGCCUCCGCCGUCGCGUGGUGACGGCGACGAGCGCCGAUCGGUCGGUUCUGGAAAUCGUUCGAUUAAUUUACAGCCGAAUGUGGGAAAACGAUUGAAUGAUCGAACGCGGGUGUACGGAAACCAGCGGCGCAAAUACUGGACGGGCAACGUGGGCACGAACGGCACGGGCCCAGGUCCGAGGCAUUAUCGGACGGGUGGUGGUCUUUUUGAAAGACCUUUUCGGGCUUUAAUACGAUAUUUUGCCACGGACAUUAGAAGUUCCAGUCACGAAUUAAAUUCGAGCAAAAAAUAUUAUCGAAUUUGUUUUUAUCCACCUCGCGAAUAUUAUUCAUCGGACCACAGCGAUUUCAACGGAAAACUGACCCGAUCCGCACGCACGCGCGCUCCGCGUGUGCUUAAUGAUGAAAUGUCUAAAAUUAAAACCGAGAGUACAACCGAAUUUUAUCGAAAACAGCGUUUUUACUUCGACUAAACGUUUUGAGUUCAUACUGUGUGCACCUAUAAACAUAACAAAAUGGACACGAAAUUAUAAACCGUUUGAAACAUCCAAGUGCGCGCGUGAAAUAAAGUUUAAAACACGUAAUAUGCGGUGCAGUACGAUAUUUUAUACCUAUCAGAAAACCGUAUGAUGAAAGAUUUUAAAUUGUUCUGUCAAUAAAUUAUCAUACGUUUUUUUUUUUUUUUUUCGGUAUACUUUUUGGUAUCGAAAGUUAUUAACUUUAUAUAAACUAUGUAACUAGGUCCGAAAUAUUUCGACGAAAUCAGACUACGAUAACGUACUCACUUGUUAUUUGUUGAAACAAUUUAUCUUUCCCGCGCGAACAAAUACAAAUUUUACUAUAAUUUUGACUUGAAAAUAUUGUGAGCAUAUAUUAUUAUUAUACACAGACGUAUGGAAGGUUGCAGCGAUAUCCAUCAUAUUAUAGUAGGUACUCACGGUGCCUAUAUACUCCAUUAAUCGUAUCAUACUGAACGCUGUAAACUUACAAAAUUAAUUAAUCGUGCCCUCGGGGUGAACGUAAAUCCAUUAGAAACUAUUAAUUUUUCAUAUACCUACGUAUAAAUUAUUUGUUAAAAUUGAAUAGCGUACGAAUAGGCAAGUUUCCGUAUAGAUAUGGGUAGGGUAAGGGUGGUUAAGGGUUAUAUCCCUCUGCCCUGUUGGCUUUUCAACCCAACAACUAUGAGUAUAUUUAUUCCAUCGAUAGUUUUAUCUUGAAAAGCGAUGUGUAUAUUUCAGCCGAGUUACAAGGAAAAGCUUGAUUUAUCGGUUAAAAUAGGUUUUUUUUUUUUUAACCCCGCUUUAAAAUUUCCACCCAUCGUUUUAUUUAUUUAUUUAUGAUUGAUAUUUGCCAUACGAUCCCGUAUGAAAACUCCCGAGCACGCUACUGGUUUCGGAUGACUUGCGGCAAUCCCGAGUAUUGAAUUCCCGCAUAAUGUACAUGCGCGGCGAACAUCGAUCACCAUAGUGACUUUUUAUAAUUGCCGCAGCAUUUUAUAUAUAUAUAUAUAUUACAGUAACUUUCGAGUUUGUGCAGCGGUGGAAAUAAUAGGGGCGGGGAGUUUAGAAGAAAAAAAAAAUCUCGAUUUUUCAACAUCAGGUUCCGCGUCGUAAUAACUACCGCAAUAUAUACCCGUGUUAAAAAUCCUAUAAUAAUACAACUUUAAUGUUUGCCGCGUGCGCGUACGAGUCGUUUUCGGCCAUUUUAUUAUUAUUAUUAUACAUCAUAGGACCUAGAAAAUAUAUUUUUUUUAAUACGAAAUACGAUCGCUACACCAUCAGUAGAUGGUACUGCCUACUGUAUUAUACUCUGCACUCUUCUUAAUACAGUGUCGGGGCCGGAGAGGAUGAUAGUAUUCUGAACCGAAAAAAUCGUAUAUAUACCUUACCUAAUGAUGAUUCGUAUAACAUACAUACAAGACGCGCCGUCGUGCUGCCGGACGAUAAUGCAAUGUAAUAAAAAAAUAAUGAGUCGAGCACACGGUAUACGCAAUCGGUAGCUACAUCGGCCAUACCCACCUCGUAAAACUGUAUAUAAUAUUUAGUGGCGGAUUUGAGGCGAUCGCCUCUUUGGGCUUUUUUUUUAAAAAAUUAUUACGUGAAUUAUAUUUGUAUCCAGAGGCCGAAUGGCAUACGUUUCAACGUCACUAAUACGUAGUGUAUAGUAGUUAUUAUACUAAAAACUUAUUUCGGACCUUAUAUCCCCUGAAAUGACGCCAGUUCUCUAAACCCCUUAAAUGAGCUUCAGUAGCUGCAAAAACCGCGUUCGCGUGACACGCCAUUAACGUCGGCAUUUUUCAAAAGAUAAAAUGCCGAUUUAGAAAAACUGUAGACGACGACAUUUCGGCGUUUUACAAUUCUCUCGAAAUUCAACUCGUUUUCGAAGGUACAAACGAUCGAUUUUCCAUGUAUAAAUAUUUAAUUUUGUUCCUUUAAUUAUUAAUAGUUCGAAAUACCGUGACUAAACGGUCUUAAAAAUGUCGUUUACAAAAUGUUUCAUACUAGGUUAAGGCGAUUUUUUUUGUAUCGUCCGUCAUAGCAAGUCAAAGCCGGCGGUGCCACUGCGACGACUUCUUAAACGUGUCGAGAACAGCUACCUACAUGGUUUUUAGUCGUGUUUGCAUAUGUAAGACCGGUUUCGAUUUCGAACAUCAUCUCCGGCCAAUAAUAUCUGUUAUAACAACGUUUUGUAAUUAUUGACAUUCAUGGUUCGUUUGAUUUUGUUAUAUUGCCCGACGAUGAUUUUCCAAAUCUGCCGUAAACAGUAAAUACAGCGGCUAAAUCAUCGCAACCAUAAUAAUAUUGAACUAUUGGACUGUAUGCGUUUUUCUCACGCAUACCUGCGUAACCCAAUGUUUAUUUGUUUUCCUAUAUUAUCCGACUCCGAAUAGUCAGGACGAAGGCGUAGGAGAAGAAGAACUAUUUGUCUGCUUGCAUCGUACAUUUUUUGAAUUUAAUAUAUUCGGUAAGCAAUAGCAUAACUAGUUGUCCCGCCCGGCUUUGCUGUAAUGCCUAUCUUUGUGCUAUAGGUUAGGUUACUACAGGCGAAUAAAAGCAUAAUAUUUUAAUCUCCGUUUUCCUUCCCAUUUUAACCCAGGCUUAGGACUCGCAGCGAGUUUCUCUUGCUGACGCGGUCUAAAACUGUUUAACUGUUUAUUAUUAGCCGCUCAGCGAUGAUCCGGUCGUCGUUAGGUUAGGUCUACUACUUCCACCGCUGAUCAGAUCGAGGACUUGAAUAGUUUAAAAUCUUCUCCGGAAAACGCGGAUAAUUUUGCGAAAAACCGCGUAAAAGUCGGUCUAGUAGGUUCAGAAAACCUGCGCGACAAAGAUUUCCGUUUUCACAUUUACAAAUCUAUCUAUAGAUUAAUCGAAUUUUGUAUUUAAUACCUUCAGAAAAAAAAAAAAUACAUAUAUACGUUUUUCCUUAAUUCUCUGUUUAACGUGUUUCGCAGACGACGACGUGACUCCUGUCUCCGACGACCGUACGCGGCUACCCGUCGACGGUGGUGGUGAAUGACUGCAGCGAACUGUAUUAUGCUGUCGUACAUGGCGCCCUCGGUAAACGACAAACCGCCCGCGGUGCCCAGCCGGCUGACGCUGGAACACAAGUCGUCGAUGGCGGUGUCCACCACUACCGCGUACCAACGAUUCAGCCGUCCGCCGUCCAUCACGUUCAACAGCGUGCAGGACGGAACCCUACUGCAGCAGCGCGAAGGAUUCGGCGCCCUGCCCGCCGUGCCCGUCAGGCGCAGCAUGGUCAAGGACGACAGCGCCAACAGCAUCGCGUCCAGCGUCGACGUGCUGCCGGCCACGCACGGUGGCGACAAACGGCCGGCCAACAAACCGGCCACGUUGAAAAGGUCAGUAGGACGACAUAUAACAUUAAAAUUAAUGAAAAAAAAAAAUUAAUAAUUAUAACGUUUUGUACAAUUGAGAGCGCCGGGAAUUCGAUUUAAAAAAAACUAUAAUAAACGUCGAUUUAAACAAAAAAAAAGCUGUCCCAAGAUAAUGGUGACGGGUGCAGUGACUUGUAUUGGUGAAAAGUUAGGAAGGUAGUAAGAGGGAAAAUUUAAUGAUAUAUAUCUAUAAGCGACGAUAAACCAUUGCUAACGAAAAAACGAUUCUGAGCGGAGUUCGGUUGAUAGUGUUGCUUUGUCAAAAAUAUAUAAUAUUUCAUAUUACAGUAAAAUAAUUACAUACGCAUUAAAUAUUUUUUUAAUAUUGUGUUUAUUUUCCCGUUUUUCCUAGGUUUUCUAGGUUUUUCCAUUUCCUGGGGAAAAAUCCUAGGACAAUCAAAAAAUGACCUCCCUAUAGUACCUCCCUAAUGUACCUCUCCACUGAGAUUUUCUUCUAGAAAAUGUACUACCAUUGUAAAUCUGAGAAAAAUUGCUAGGAGAAAAGUUGUCCAUAGAAAAAAAAACAUCGUUGUAAAACCAAUACAUUCCUCGCUCCACUCAGAAUCUAAAAUAAAUAAACGAAUAAUAUUUAUAAAUAUUACUUUUGUGCCGUUGUCUGCCCUUUGUACGAUUGCCCUUUCGGAGAAAUAUCGUGUGGUAUCUGCAGUUUAAGUUCAAAUUCGGGAAUUCACUAAUGUCGGGAUCCGAACUUUUAAAAAUCAAAUUUACAUAGUUUUUUUUUUUAAUUUUCACAUUUUAAUUCAUUAUAAUUUAUUUAUGUUUAUACAUAAAUAAAUUAGUGCGAAUAUAUUACAAAAACUUGUCUAGGUGAACGUCAUCUCUACAUCCUCGAAGUAUAGACCGGGAUCAGAAUUCCUAAUAUGUACCACUUUUGAAUACCGGGACUUAAGUCGAAAUUAUCCGUCAAUUGUACAGAGGCGAUUAACUUUGUACGUCUACGCUAUAUUUCUAUCGCUUUCGCAAAUGGGCUGACACCGGGAACUAAAACAUAAAUAAUUAAUUCGAUAAUUAUUACUGUCUAUAGGCUCCAAUCCAUAUUUAGUCGCAUUAUUUCUUAUCACUAUGGCUGUGAAUUUAAUGAACUGAAAAACCUUUAAAAAUACAUAUAAAAUGCUAUAAAAUAUGCACUUAGUCUCAAAAAAUACAAUAUAAAAUGCACUUAAAAUAAUUUUUAUAUUUAUUAUGAUAUUACUGAUACAAAUUAAAUUUAUUUAAUAAAAAUUAUUUCUUUAAAAAAAAUAAUAAUACAACUUGUUGUAAAAUAUAAAUUUGACGUAUGUACAGCCUAUGUAAACAAAAAAAUAUGCGUGUAACGAUGUUAAUUGACGGAAUUUAAUUUAAAAUACCGGAAAAUGAACUAAAAAGGAAAAUAUAACUUUUCCAAAAAAUGAACUUAAAAAUUUAAAACAUCAAAAAAUGCAAAAUAAAAGUUUCGUAAACUGUUUGCUACAUAAUUCAAAUUAUGUACUUAGAAAGUUACGUUUCACAAUCAGCUAAAAAAAAUGUACUCUCCUACAAAUUCACAGUCUUAUACUUAUCACCCAUCUAUGCCCAUAACCCCGUUAUCAAUUGCGACUAUACAGCGCUCCUACAUUUGCUUUCUAUCGUGAAUAGUGAGAUAGUAAUGUCACUUGUCGUGUUAAUCGAAUAAAGGAAAGCGUACAUAAAACGCAAUUGUUUUUAUAUUUUUAUAAUUAAUAAGGUAUACUUCACAAAAUGUGUUUUUUUUCGACCGUUGUUUUAUGACCGUCAGUAUUUUUACGACCGUACGUCGUAUAUUAUGAGUAUAAUAUUUCGUACCGUAUUACGGCGGGAUGCUGCAGAGUACCUAAACUGCAGCGGUGGUGAUCAUUAUACUGCAAUAAUGUUCGAUAUCCAAAACGUGUAUUAUUGUUUUCGACGUGGAGAAUCCGCAGUUAUUUGAUUUUUAUUUUUAAUUGUGCGUGAAAAAAAUGCGUCAAUGCCGACGACGACAAGCACCUAGCCUAACCUAUCCUAACCUAUUCAACCGGUUACAAUACGAAUUUAUUACCUUCGAUCUAUGUCGUUGUAUAUAUAUCUAUACGUAAAUAACAUAUUUUUAAACCGUCAAUCUGUCGACACGCGCUCCGUAUAAGUACUACAGAAUAUUUUACGAAAAAUCUGUUUACGGUUACAGCGUCUUUGUAAAAUUCCCAACGACCUUGAAUAAAAAAAAAAAAUAAUAGUAAUAAUAUAAUAUUCUCUAUAAUACUAUCAUACCGUCUGUCGCCCACACAUACGAAUUUUACCGGAUAAUUUUUACAUACACGCACACUAUAUAAUAUUAUUACGAGUACUCGUAUUAGAAUAUUAUGUCGUCAUCGGUGUAUAUUAAAAUAAUAUGAUAAACAACGCUCAUCUUUUGUUUCGUAUAAUGUAUUAUAAAAAUUACUCUGUUUUUUUUUUUUUUUAAAUUUUUAUAUUUCAUCCGUUCUGCUUUUAACUCCGCGAAAAAUAUAUUUUGUAACACGUGUGUGUUCUAAUAAGUUUUAACCGAUUCGGGUCCCUGGCCAUUACAUCCGACGCGCUCCGAUACGGUCCGUUUUGUAUGCGUGCGUAACUCGAAAUACUGAAAAUGUAUUAGAUUAUUAAAAAAAUAAAACAAAAUUAUAUAGGGUACAUUGUAAUAUUUUAUGGACGCUUUGUGAUCGCACAAGAGUGCGGCGUGUAAAACAUCACUCGUUUAAAAAACGUUUAUUGUUCCGUGUAAAAAAUCGUGUACAAUUGUAUGUGUACUGCGGCGGUAGGUAUAUGUAUAUACGAUGAACAUAUCGCGAUUAAUUGCACCUUUGUAUAUUAUAGUCUUGUACGGCGGCAAUCGAAACAGCACGCAAUUCAAUUCGAAAAUAAUAGCAUAACAGGUACAUAAAAUACCUCGCACGAAUAAAAAUACUCCGACGUCGUUGCAAGUGCGAUUACUAGUAUGCGCUUAGUGAAAAAAUUUCCGCAAUUUGUUAUUUUUAGUUCCGCACUAAUCGCCGGUGUGGCGUCCGAUUUGCUGCAAUUAUACUUAUAUGUGCGUGUUUUACGAAAAAAAAAAAAAGGUAAGAUAAUGGGGACGGGUGCAGCCACUGGUGUAGGUGGAAAGUUGGAAAGGUAGGAUAUAGACGGAAAUUUAAUGUACAUCUGUAAUCAACAAUAAACCAUUGCUUACGAAAAAACGAUUCUGAGCGGAGUUCAGUUGAUUGUAAUGCCAUUCCCAUAUUGUUGUCUAUAUCAACGUUUUUACGUAUUUAUACAAUUAAUUUUAUACGUUUGAAAAAUUUACUACGGGUUGUUAGUGCUCUUAAUUCUUAUCAAUUUGUUUGAUAACAACUUUUUAUUUAAUCAGUUUUUAUCACAUAUCAAAACGGUUGAUAUUUUAUGGUUAUAGCUAUUUUUUAACCUGGUUUAGGCUGCAGGUACCAGCAGCUGCACAUUCUGUGGUAAAACCAUAGAUCAUAUACUUAAGGGGGCAUAAAGGUGCAUAAAGGGGCCGUUGAAAUUGGAUAGUGUGGCCAUAGCAAUACAUGUUUACAGUGAUAAAAUUAGUAGACUAUUAAAUAUUUAGGUCUAAAAACUUGUAACAAUAAAACAAAUUAUUUUUGUUAACUGUUGGGUAUUUUUUUUUUAAAUUGUUUGGCUUUGACCCCCCCAGCAAUUUCAAAAUUCUGGAUACGUCGCCGGACAACCUCGUCUUGGAUUUUUGAAAUAUCGGGUGAUUAUUAAAAAAAAAAAACAGUCGUGGUUAUUUAAAACGAAAAUGAAUCGAAUACGACGUCGUCUCUACGUAAUUCUCUAAAGGAUUCUCUAAUCGUAAAACGUCAACGUCGACAUCUUCCUCGACGUCUCCCUCGUCUACACAUUUCGUAGUAAUUGGCGUUUUAUCUCGCUAAAAACGAUUUUAAAAGCCAUUGCGUGCGUAUUGCGCGUUAUCGUUUUGCCACCCGUUAUAGAAAGACAGAGGUGACAAAUGCCACUUUGACGACCUCUUAACCGGGACGUUUAUUAUUGCUCUUAUUAUUAGUAUUAUUAUUGUUAUCAUUUAGGUAGAUAGAUGAUAUCCUUCUAAAGUGCGAACACAUUUACGAUGCAUGUAAUACCACGCAUACCGCAGUUAAAAUGGCAUUUUUUUCGCGAUAAAAAUUAAUAAAAUUGAAUACUUCAGUUAUAUUGUUAUUAUAUUAUAUAAUAAUAAUUGUAUUAGACGAUACGCGCUUGUAAAAUAUAAUCCACCUUUUCGGCGUUAUUAACAAAAUUAUUUACAAUUUUGUAACCGUUAAUUUUUACGAUACAUAUAUUUUUUACAAAUAUUAUAUUUCUGACUGCGUGUAUAUUACUCGUGAUAUUAUAAUCUCGAUGUUAGUUUAUCUAAACUUUUCAAUUAUUAUACGGGUACCUGUACCUAUUCAACAUCAUUGUCCAUAAUAAACGUAUAAAUUAGUAGACUGCAGUGUAUAAUAUCGUGGACUGGCGGUUUAUUAUUAUUGGUCGUAUAUGUUGCUUUAAACUUUAAAUAACUACAAUAAAUAAACUAUUUAUGUAUAAGAUAAAAUAUAGACGUUUAAUCUGUAUAUGUAUACGCACUAUACAGGUUAUAAGUACUUGUGCAAACAACAAAUAAUAGUUUAAAAUACUGGCAUUUACUAUUGUUUUUACAUUCUCAUAAUAAUGCAGUUACGAUCAAAAUGUUAACAAUCUGUAACCGCGCGUUGUUGUCGCUUUGUUUCAAAACAAAUUUAUAAUAUAUUAAAUAAAAAACUUAAAUCUCAAAUUGGGUUUAAAAUCGUUUAAGUCUGUUGCGAACGGUAUUACCGACGAAUUAGGUAUUCAAUGCAGUAUACUGCGUUUACAGUACAAAACUAUAAGUAUAUAGUAUCUCGUAUAUUUUCAUAAAACAAUCGAUUUUACUCUUAUAUGUUGGGUACAGCGUUAGAAUUCAUUUAUUUAAUUCAACAAAAUUUACUUGGCGCUUAAUUUGACUGCACGUUAUGGUAAUUAAACGGUUUACUCGAAUCAUUAUUCAAAUGUAUACGUAUACAUCUUAUAAUAAAUUAACAGAGUUCAGUCGAAGAAACGUACUUGUUUAAAUCGAUUAUCUCAUCAGAAAUUGAAAUGUUAAAAUGAGAAAAGUUGUUUGUUAAAAUAUAUAAUAACCAUGUACUCGUGUAGGUACAGUUUGAAAAAAUAAAUAAUAAUACUUUACGGCUUUUAGUACGAAUGUUCACAUUUUGAAUUGGGUGUUUUUGCUAUGCAUUUGUUUGUACUCAAAAAGCAAAAUGAACAAAUUAAUAAUUAAUUAUUGAAAUAUAGGUAAUAAUUAUGUAUGUGUUUUAUUUAAAUAUUUGCUGCAGACAACCGUAGACGAUAUAAAUACAAGAUUAUAAAUUGUUGAAAAUCGUAUAAAUAUUUUACCGCUCGUUUUAGAUUAAUACGAUACCUGGGUAAUUUCGUGAUUACAAUGACCUUAAUUAGAUUUAGAGUAGGCUUUUAAUAUUAACAAUUCUACUAAUAAUUAAUAGUGGGAUUACACAGUUCUAUACGGUGUGCUCUCAAUUUAUAAUAUCAUAUCAUGUGAAAACAAAAAAUAUGAACGCAUAUAUUUUGGGGAUAAAACUAGGAAUUAUUUCAUUAAUUAAAAAUAUUGGUCAAUUUUUUUAGUGUGCACUGUGUAUAUGUUGACGCGUGCACGUAGUUUUAAUUUUAGUUAUAAUAAUACGAUGCCAAAUUUUCUGAGUUCUAAACAUAAUAUUAUUUAUUAAAAAAAAAUAAACCAAUUCACUUCAUCACAAUUUAUUUAUUAAUUUAUAAUAUUAUAUUAUAGGUGACCUAUAGUCAUCCAGCCCAUUUUUGUCCGUAAUAACCGAAUGAAAUAAUAAUAAAUGGUUUUGUUUUCAUCCGUGUCGCCAAAGUAAUCCCACUAAUCAACAAAAAUGAUUCGAUUUUCAUUUCAAAAAUACCAAAUACCCCGUAUCAGCCACCAGUUUGGCUCAAUUUCGGGAUAAAAUGUACCUUAUGUGUUAAACCAGAACGCAUUCUAUCUGCGUGCGAAAUUUCAUCCGAAGCAGUUCAGCAGUUUUGACGUGAUUUAGCCUUUAUAAUAUGUAUAGGACAAUGUAGACAAUCUAUUUCGUUUGUAAUAUUUAAAUAGAAUACAAACUAUGCGUAACCAAUUUCGACUCUCAUGGGAUAUUGUCGGAAUUGGCGGAAAACUAUGUAUUUACAUGCGGUACGAAUUUUAUUUGCAAAAAAUACAAUACUGCUUUAAUAGUUUCAAUGUAUAGAUGUAUAUUUGCUUUUAAUUUUACAUUGAAUUAUAAUAUAUAGGUAAAUUUCAACUUCUGAGUUGUAGUAAUCUUUUAUUAGAUAAUUUUAUAUGAUCCGAGAAAUCGAGAAAAUAAUCGUCAUCAGAACUUACGAAUGGACAACUCGCACCGAUUGUUUACAUAUUUUUUUACUAUAAUAAAUCAAUUACCUAGGUAUCUAAAAAGAACUUAAUAAUAUACUAUUUUGUACUAUACAUCGUGAUAUCGAAAACGUUAUUUCCAGUAAUUGUGUCUAAACUACAGUAUAAUAAUAUGUUAGCUGUAUACGAAUUAAAUAUUAUGGAAACUUUAAAUCGUUUAAACUCGAAAUCGUGGAUUUUUUUUUAGAUCUAUAAUUGCAUAGACUUAUCUCCGAUCUGAAUGGAGACCUUUAUAUGCUUGUCACGAAACCCUCGUAAAAACAUUAUUGACGAACGUGGUCUCACUCAAAACUAAAUGUUAAUAUUUUGUAAUUUAAUUUAAAAAUGUAAAGUUUUUAAUUAUUUAAAGUUUAUACAAGUACUUACUAUAAUGAUAAUUAUUACAAAUUUACGAAUAAAAAAAAAUGGUGGUUUGUUUUAUAUAUAAUAAUUUAAUAAAAAUCAAACAUACGUAUCUACUUAGUUACAUAGUUUAAAGAUCUUAAUCGUUGUACUGAUAGAGUGUCACGUUUAUAAAAAAAACUUUCUAUUUUAAAUUUAAAAAAAACAACCAGUUUCGUUUUAUAGAUUUUUUAAAUGGAGCAUUUUUGAGUGAAUAAUAAAACGAAUUCGUACUUUCAGGAUUGUUCGUGGAAAUUAUUUUAAAAUGUGGUUUCUAUACUAAGUCUAUAAGAUACGUUGUGUAAAAAAAAAUCGUUUAAUUUGUUCAUGACGAAGGGAAAAAAAACUCUCCGAUUGGCUAGCUAGGUACCUGUAAGGGGGAAGAAAAUACAAAAUAACACCCGGAACGCCCAUGAUACGAGUAUAAUAGAGUAUAUUUUUAAUUUGAAUAGUAACAACGAUGAUAAUAAUAAUAAUAACAUAAUUUAACAACCAACAAUUUAAUUAUUACGUUCACCCUCAGGAGACUAUAAUAGAAGUACCCCUUUUUUCGUUUGUACAAGUAUAACUCGAAUUUUAUUCGUACCUAGUAAAAAUAUUAUUUUUAUACUUGAUAAUAUUAUAUGUCUACGAUAGUUACCUAUAUUUACUUGGUAUUUUACACAUAAAGAUACGUCUAUACAAAUUUCGUUUGAUUUUUCUCGAAACGAUAAAAAUUGUUGACCGUUCAUAAAAUAUCGAUUUAAUUAGGACAUUUUUGUAUCUUUAUUACAUAGUUAAACAAUAAAACCUAUUACAUAGCUAGUACAUAGCUAGUACAUAGCUGGUAUAUAGCUAGUUAGUACAUAGCUUACGAAUUUAGAAAUAAACUAUUUGUUCAGCAUUUUUUAGGCAUCAUGAUUACACCUGAAAUAGAAUACAUCUACGACGUCAAAGAAAAUGUUGUGUUCCAAAUUACAAUAAUGUAAUUUUGUUUAAUAAUAUUAUUACCUGUACAAAAUAUAUGCUUGGUUUCCUUUAAAAACAUUACGUAAUGUAUUAUUAAAACUUUUGUAUUAUGAUUUUUUUUCCUCGAGUCUUUAUUGUCAGUAACAGUAAUAUUGUUUAAAUAAUAAUAAUAAUAAAACGUUUACAUUUUGACAAUUCUUUGUAUACCAUCGAGAGAAAACUAAGUGAAUAUAAAAUAUUCAACCCCCUUGGUAACCGGGGAUUUCAAAAGGCCCUGGGCGCUUUUAUGUUGGCGUAAAAGCAUACAUUUGUUUGCAUCAAGUUACUGUAUACAUUUUUACUUUGUCGUAUAAAAGUUAUUUUGUCCAAAGAAUAACAACAUUUGUUUUAUUUAUUUUUUGAAUAUAUUAUAUGAAAAUUUUAUUGAAAUCUAAACGAACUCUUAAUUUUCGACGGAAUAUAUUUUUACAAUACGCCAAUUACAUUGCUGUAUUAUUAUUAGAUAUUUUCGUGAACAAAAAGAUAACUUCAAUCAAUAAUAAUAAUUUGUUUACUUAGACAAGUAUUUCUUAUUUAAUGCUAUUCGGACCUUGAGUAUGCAGACCAAUUAUUUAUCCUAGGCGUUAGACCGCCGCCCUCUAUGUUUUACCCUUCAAUUAAAUAAACAGAAAUGGGUCCAGGGUUACGGUUAUUGCUGUAGUAGUAAAAUAAAACCGACACACAUAAUAUGCAACUGUUGUGUGUACACCGCGCAUAAACGUUCUUAAUAAAUAAUAACUAAUAAAGUUCAAUACCGUGAAUAAUUGACCAGAUAUUUUAAACGAUGAUAUUUUUUUUUUUAUUAGAAAACUGUAUUAUAUUAUAUUGAAUGAAUAACUUGGAACACAGAUAAUAAUUUAGUGCCAAGAAAUGUGACUUUCAAAAUUUGGCGCAAAAUACAAUGUGUACCAUGGUUCAUAAUACAGCGCGCCUCACACUAAGUCAUGUAUAAGACAGAGAUAGUGACCAAAACGUCAUAAAUAACUUAUGAUUUUUUAACAAUACUAUAUCAUUUUAUCAUUUUAAACUAGUUAAAAUCGUAUUAACGUGGUUUAAUUUAGAAAACUAAAAUUAGAAAUAUUAUAUAUAAAUAUAUGUAAAAAGCCGGACGUACUUUGCGCCAUGAAUAAUCCACUGUAUCCACUGUAGUUAGUGGGAAAUUGGAAAAAUUAUAUAGGAUACCUAUAGGGUAAUUUAAUUUAUGUACUCAAAGCAAUGAUAAAGAACAAUUCUGAACGAGCGUAGUGGUAUUAGUCAUAUUUAUUUUUUCCUUUUUGACCUAGAAAACAACAAAAAUAAACUGCAGAUUUAUCGACGUUCAUUUUUAAAUUUUAUUGAAAAUCUGUUUUUUUGUUUCAAAUAAAUUACCACGGGAAGAAAAAUAAGUACAUUUUAAAGUGCCUUGCGAAUAAUUUCGAACAUUUUUACUAACCAGAAAAGGGUUUUAUGAUAAAAAAAAAAAAAAAAACACAACGCAGUAAAAAUAAUAAGCUGCUUCUACGCUGUACUCGUAAUCUUAAAAAUAAAUAAAAUAUUUUAUCAACAACUUUCGACUGCAAGCAAAUAUAAUAUUUAACUAUAUAAUUUUGUCUAACCAAAACAUAGAGUUAGUCAAUGUAGGUAACCUAAUAACCUUAAACUAUAUAAAAUAUUCACCUAAUGUUUAAAAAAUAAUAAUAGUUUUAGAACGUUAAAUUAUAGUCCAAGUAAAAUAAUACCAUCAAUAUAAUGACACUGACAUAAUAUUAUUACAAUUAAAAUAAAAAUUGUUUACAGUUAUAUAUUAUAAUAUUGGAAUUUUAUUCAUUUUGCUUAUCACUGUUUCAAUAGUCAAAUUUACGCUCAAUAAAUGGAUAUCAUCGAGUAAAAAUGUAUACAAUUUGUUUCAGAACUACAAAAGUUAUGGGUAUAAAAGUUAUAGUUUGAUAACUGCAGUUUUUUCGUCGGGUAUAUCAUAUCUUUAGUCUUUACGACAAUACAUCAUUUUUUUUUUAUCGGUUUGUAAUUUAUUAUAUUGACAGGUGUUUCGGCCUUAUUCUCGCUGCAUAGUAUAUAAAUAUAUUGGUACCGAGCAUGGUACACCCCGACAUUAAGCCGCUAGUUUCUGGCCACCCCUUCACAUAUACAUAGUUAAAAUAACCAAUAUAUUAUAUUUUGUGUAUCUUAAAGUUAUAUUGGGCACAUAUAGUAAUAUGCGUUUCGAAAAAAAAAAAUAAUAAAACUACUGUACCUAUGCGUUACGAUGGCAAAUAACACUUGUCUAUAUACGGCCAAACAAAGGCAAUGCUGGCAUAUCGCACAUGGUAAAAAAAAAAAAAGCUAUAAAGUUUAUAAAUGUGUGUAUACUAUAUAUUAUUACAUAUGGUUACCAUUAAAAAAAUUGACUCGCUGCACGGUAAUAAACCGAUUAAUAUUUAAAUAAAAAAAAAAAAAGAGCACCUGUGAUAAACGUACAGUUAUUUUAUUGCGAAUUUAUUUGCCUACGCCAAUUUGUAUUAAUUAUACUUAUAUGGGUAAUACUGUCAAACGAGAGAGUGAUAAAAAAAAUAUUAUAAAAAUAUUAUAUUGUAAUAUCAUUUUUAUUACAUAUUAAAAAAUGACAAAUUCUUAAUAAUAUAACUGUCUACGAAUUUCGAGUAGGUAUCUUCAAAUAAACAACGUAUUCAAAUUUUUUGGCAAUUUUUUUUUUUCAUUGCGUCUAUAAAAAUGUUGUAAAAAUUAAACCUUGACCUGAUACCGCUCGUGUAUUUCGCACGUAUGUUAUUCGUAUAAUAAUAAUUUGAAUACAAGUAUAUUCAUUAUUUAUGAAUGAUAGCUUAUGUUUUAUUUGCGAUACUUUGGUGAUAUGAUUAGACAUACGUUUACUUAAUAACUUGAGAAUUUAAACUUAUUCUCAUUAGAGAAGAGCUUACAAUACCGAUCAUUAUAUCUUUGGUUGUGUCGAUUAUUAUCAUUUUCGCCAACAAUUUUGAUGUAUAUUAUUUUUAUGAUUUUAUGAUAAAAUCAUUGAAUUAACAUUAGAAUAAAGUAAAAACGUAUACAUCAGUAUACUUCUGAAUAUUCUGAAUAUUCUAAAUAUAGUUAAAUUAUUAAUUAUAUUAUAUGAUGAUUUUUUUUUAUUAUUAUUAUUAUUUGGCUCAAGAAACACUUUUGGGUAGUAAAAAAUGUUAAAAAUUCGUAAUACGAGAACUUGAAAUUAUCGAUGAUUGCGACACGAGUAAUUGAUAGAUUCAUUUAUAAAGAGGUAAAUGUUCAAAAUGAAAAUAAUCUCUGCCCCCUUGAACAUAAACGGUGAAAAAUAAAUUUCAAGCGUUUAUUUUUUUUUAACUUUGAGCUGCAAUUAAAAUCGCGCGUUCAAAUACAAUUCGUUUAACUGAAAUACAAUUUAUAUGGAGCGACAAAAAAAUACAUUUAGUUAAAAUUGUAAGUUUUUAAUAUAUAUGUGAGGAAUUUAUAAUGAAAUUCUAAAUAUUAUAUUUUAACAUUCAAGUAAAACGAAAAAUACCACGCAAAAUCGAAAUCCAAAAACGACGUCAAAUAUAAACACAAGUAGGUUAUAUUAGUAACAGUAGAUACAAUAUAUCGUAAUCCUUUUUUUUUUUCUAACAUAUCUACAAAAUUUAUGUAAUUAUAUUUUAAUUCAAUUACUAUACCCAUUUUAUAAUGUUAUAUUAACUUCGAUAAAACGGUAAUUUCCUUUUCCGACGGUAAAAAUUAUUACUUGACGAUAAUCAGUGAUUAAUAUUUAAAAUUUAACAUUUAUUAAGUAUUGUUUUAAACUAACUCGUUAUAUUACAUUAUAAACAAAUAAAUUUGAUUUUCGCACUUUUGAAAACAAACUAUAUUAUAUUUUACGAGAUUGCGUAUAAAUAACUUUCGUAUAUUUUUAUAUUUUUUUACGAUUUAAUAAUAAUAAUAAAAAAAACCCAUUAAAAGUUUAAAAGUUCUGCAUGUGUCAUUCGCAGAAACAAAGCGAUGAAAAUUUAUUUCUUUGACAUUGGCCGAUUAAAAAGGCUAAUUUUUCUCUUGGUGCGCAGCCUAUUAAUAUUAUUAUUAUUUCAAAUAAAAAAAAACCUACGCAUCUUAAUUAAUAAUAAUUCUAUACGUCAUUGUCGUAUAGCAGGACGAUUUUUAUUUCGCGUAAGUACAUUUAGAUGAACUCCGAUUCGAGUUGCGCAACAAUAUUAUUGUGUCGCGGUUUUUUUAACUGUUUCUUCCCACGCGUACGCCUGCCGAUGGCAAUUACGUCAUCAUCAUCAUCAUCGUCGUCGUCGUGCAUAAACGUGUCGGUUUUAUUUUAGAACCAUCGCCCUAUAUCCGGAAGGAAUCUUGGAACUACAGAAAACAGCAAAUCCGAUCGGCGAAACGUAAAAUUAUAUAUAUUAUUAUUAUGCUUAUCGAAUUAUUUACCCGAGCGAAAUACUUACCAAUAAAACGUUGCGCACGAGAAUUCAAUAACGUCGGAAAUUACCUACACCCACUUAUAUUACUUAUAGUGUAUUUAAAAGUAAAUGAUUAUAUUUUUUUUUGGAUAAAAUCACAAGGGGGGGGGGGAAAUGUGCUUUUGCUAUACAGAUUCAUCCAAAUAUUUGUUGUUAUUUUUUUUUUUGAAAAAUGACUUGUGUAGUUGUAUAAUAACAUGAAAUUUGGAAUACCUGUAUAAUAUUCUGUAAAAAAAAAAUUAAAAAAUGUUUAGUACUUAGAUAUAAUAGAAACAAAAUUGAAAGAAACAAAAAAACAAACAAAUUCCGACGGUAAAAUGAUUUGAAUAUAUUUAUUUUUUUAUAUAUCUGAGUAGGUAAACGUUAUUGAAUGAGAUAAUAUUAUGUACGAAAAUCGUGAAAUUACUGUCUGUAUAGAACAGUUCACCUUACACGCACGCAGUUUGGAAAAUAAUAAUGUUUAUAAUUUCGUAUUAUCCACAUAAUACUUAUAGGUAUUUUUCAAUGUGUAUAAAGCAAAUACAAAAUAAAUAUCGAGGAUAAUUUUAGAGGGACCAAAAAUACUAGACAUUUUGAUAUAAUUAUUACCUAAUUUUUUUGUCGAAUUUUCGACGAAAAUAUAAACUAUUGCACUAUUGUGUCUGUUACUUAAUUAUACAUAUAAAUUGUACAUACUUGUACAAUUUGUUACAUAGAUUUGCCAGUACUUAUGGGCAUUUUUAGUGGCUCCCUCUAGACCAAAUGAUCUCAAACACGGGAACAUAUAGAGUUAUUUUAUACGUAGAUUAAUGUGAUUUGAUUACAAAUUUUUGUUCAAUAUAUGGAUUUCACCAUUUUGUUACGGUAGAAAGGUGUUAGGUUGGCUUUGUGCAUCCAUACAGACAUCUCAAAUGAUAUCAACGGAAUGCAAUUUUGUUUGUGCGUGAUGUUAGUAUCAAAGAUGUGUCUUUUGGGGUUUCGAAUUUUAGUGAUCAAAUUUUAUGUCUCCACAAGAAAUACCAGAUUGAAGAUAUACGAGUAGUUCACCGAAUUUAUACAAUAGUAAAUAUCACAAUAAUUACAACAUUUGUUCGUUAUAACUAUUUAAAGAAAAAUUAUAAUGUCACAGAAAUAAUGGGUCAUGCAAUACCCACCGUGACCAUGAAAGGGUUAAGUAGGUAUAUCCGUUAUUUAUACAUCAUGCACGAAAUAAAAAAAUAUUUAAAACAGGAUGCAACAUGGAAGGUUUUAUAUAUAAUAUUAGGUAGUAGGUAUAAUACCUAUACAUACUGAAUAUGGUUUCUUUCUGAAUCAAUAGUCUAAAAAUGAAAUUUAAUAUAAUAUUAAGGUAGAAUUUUGCGGUAAAAUAAAGUAGGUUAUUACUAAAAUGUGAGUCAAUUUUCAACACAAAAAAAUAAUGUACGAGUAAAACUACUGCACCAAACAUAAUAAUAAACAGUGAUCGAAUGAACCGAAAGUGCAUUUUAGUCGACUGGCGUUGCUAAGAAACGUUUAAAAAUGCACAACAAAACAAUUUAUGCAUCAGCGUAAUAAUAAAGUACGUACUUUCUGCAUGCACAUCUACUAUGCAAUUAAUUAUACUUAUAUACAAAAAUUGCCAACCAAACAAAUUAAUUAUACACUAAACACAUUACCGAAAAAAUUCACGUUUCAUGUGUUGCACUUAAACAAAAUUUUUAAUAUUUUGUUUUACGUAAUUUAUAUGAAUACGUUUUUUUUUUUUUUUUUAUCUAUGGAUUAUACAACUACCUACGGUUUCACUGAAAUAUACCAACUAUAAAAUAUAAUUCGAUAACGUGAAAAGAUCUAAAACAGAUUAGGUACAGAUUAUUUAUGGGGGCUGGGGUUUCUGUUUAUCAGUUAUAUAUAAUAACAAAUAGGAAUGGAUCGAGAAUUGAAAAAUGAAUUUAAUUUCUUUAUAAAUUUCGAAAUUACGGUUGGCUCCCACCAAAACCAGCCCUACCUACGCCCCCUAAACACGACACAUGGACAAUUUAAACAAAAUUCUCCGCUGAAAAAAAAUAAUAUUAAAAAUACUUAUAUUGUAUUAGUAUACGUUUUAAGAUUAACUGUACUAUAUUGUAUCAGUAUUUCGUAUUUAUUUUAGGUUAAUUUUUAAUUUUUAUUGUCUAAUAAUUACAGUAAUUUAUUCAUACGCGGUUAAUAUAUUCGCAAAAUCCAAUCUCGCAGCGGUGUUAUAUGAUCAACACAUUGAAUAACACAGAUUCUUUGAUCCUAUCGACAUAAAUUGUUACUAUACUAUAAAAAUUUCAACAUGUUAUUAUUAUUAAGUUGCCCGAGGAGUAUAUACGAUAUUUGAGUAAAUAAAUUAUUAAUCGAUUAUUAUUAUUAGUUCUCCCACAUAGAACUCCAUACGUGAAUAUUUUUUAGUACGUCGUAAACGUUUGAUAUUAAAAUUACAAUAAUGCAUUCAAAUUUAUGCGAGUAUUAAUGAUAAUAUUAUUUUCGAAUACUUUCAUUUUUUACGAUAAUAAAAUUUUUAACGUUUACCGAACCUUAUCCUUCCCGCUUUUUCAAUUUAAAACGUUUUUAUACUAUGACAUAACAUUAAAGACUUUCAUACUCUUACACCUACAGUUUUUUAAGUUUUUUUUAAAAAUUCUAACUAUAAAUAUACUAUUAUUAUACCUAUAUAAUAAUAAUUAUUACAUUUGGUUAAAAUAUAAUAAUAUUUUCCUUUGAAUAACGCACUAAUAUUAGUUUAAAUUCAAAAAAUUCAAUUGAAAUUUUUCAAUAACUACGAUACCUACUCAUAUUUUACAUAUUUAAGUUUUUCAAUAACCAGUUAAUGAAAAUUAAAUAUUUCUCAUCGAGAGCCAUUUUUAUUACGAACAACAUUAUAUUUAACUAUAAAAUUUGAUUUUUGUCGUGUUUUAACUAAAAAGUUAACUACCUAUACAAAUAAACGAGAAAAAAACUCUGUCUCGGUGAUGGUUUCCUUCACGAAACGUCAAUCAUACGUUUCCGGAACAUAAUAGAAAUCGUUUUUUUUUUCUUUCUGUAAUUAUAUUAGGUAUGGUUACCUAAAACUUGCAGGCUUUUCUUGAAAGCGGUUAUAUUUCAAUUCGAAUAACAUGAUUUAUUAUUUGAAAAAAAAAAAACAGUAUUUCGCGCCGUAAAAAUCAUCAAUUAGUAGUAGUAUGACAUCAAUAAAAAAAUAAAUAAAAUCUUCGAAGGUUGUGCAUUGUAUCGAUAAUAGAGGUACGAAUAUAAAUAUAUAUAUUAUUAUACAUCAGUGUUAUUUCGACGUAUCAUUCUGCCCACGAAUUAGCAUUUAAAAAACACUAUGACAAUAUAACUUUAUGAAUAUAAUUUUUUUAAACAUUGAUUGUCGAUCAUAAUAUGUAUUUGUCUAACGCUUACAUCCAUAUUCUUAUGGUAAUGUGCUGCACAACAAUAAUUCGUUCGUAGGUAUACCUGUAUUUUUAUUUUCUAACGCACAACUAUUAAGAAAGUUUAAAUUAAUCGAAUGCAUAUUAUGUUCUAUACUAUAAAGUAUACUUAGGUUACGCCUGAGUAUUAUGCUACACCGCAGACCACUGGUUUAGAAUUCAACACGACCGCAUGUAUUAUAAGUUCUAGAUGGUUGUCUUGGUUCUUUAAUAAUAUUAAUGCGUGUACCUAUUUAUUAUAAUAGUAGUGCACUUGAAUAAAGAAUACAAAAUAACAUUAUAUUAUGGUAGUCAAAGACGAUUCAGAUAAACUUUUUAAAAAUUAGCUUUCAGUUUAUGCAAUGCAGUUACUUAUUAAUAACGUAACAGCUGGUACCUUUAUGAAAAUCAGCUAUAAAAAGUGUCGAGUCUGUACGACAUAGGUACCACUAUAGUAAAAUUAUGUUUAUUUCAGUAAACGACAAAAAUAUUUACAGUAAAACUUCCGUUAACGGUCACCUGUAUGUAACGAUCAUUUUUUUGGUCCCGUCAAGUAUUAUGCCUCUAUAGGUCAUCUAUAAAUAGCGGUCAUUAUUUCCGGUCCCUUCGGUGACUACGUUACAUCGAAAUUAUACUGUAUUAACAUCGAAAAGUUUGAAAAAAAUUAAUUUUUUCAAUUAGGUAUACUAAUUUAUUGCAUCUAUUAGAGGUCAGACCGGACUGGAAUCCGGGUUUGGUCAGGUCCGAUCGAAAUAGUUUGUAUAUUCUUGGUUUAGGUUCGGGUCUGGGAUAAUCAUGCGUAUUAUGGGUUGGGUUUGGUCCAAUGAUAACGGUUUUAAUAUCACUGGCAUGGUCCAGUUUUUUUUUGCUGAAUUACAACAAAUUAUAAAAAUAAUAUUAUAGUAUUUUGGUUUUUAUGGAUUUAAAAAAUUUGUAAAUACGAUUAGUAAAUAUUAGGUUCUAAACAACCAUAUUUUUCCUGAUCCGGGUUGGUUUUUUUUUUUUUUUUAUGUGUAAUCCGGCCUGACCUGAUCCGAACUUUAAAAAAUUUCGUGAGCUUGGUUUAAAUAACAUGAAAAAUAUAUUAAACCAAUAGGUGUGGUCCGGUCAAACAAAUUGUUUUAAUUAUCUGCUCUGGUACGAUCUCGUUUCGAUAGGACCGGACCGACCUCUAGCGUCUAUAUAAUAACCGACAUUUUCCUUGGAGAUUUUCUAUGACAUUGACACGAGGAGGGAGUUAUAUUUUUAGAAACGCGUUCUCUACAGUAACGUCCAAUUGACAGAUUUCUUACAAUACGUAAUCCUCGUAUAAUAAGAUACUGCCGUCUAUCGUGAGAAUGGAUCAUUAAUAUAUAUAUAUAUUUUUUACAUUAGCGUUGUUAAAAAAACACGCACGAAGCGAGAACAUUCUCUUCCGUUCGUGUACCAAUAAUAAUAAUAAUAUUGUAUAAUAGGUACAUUUGAACGUCGGCGUACUUAUUCCGCGUACCUAUAUCGUUUACACGGAGAGCGCAAAAUAUUAUACAAUUUCUUUUGUUUAAAACAAAUCGAAAAAAAAAACAGCUACGUAAAAAGUAAAGACGCGUAUUAGAUUAGACUAGCAUUAUCUAUAACGACAUCGCACCACGGAACGGCCAAACCUGAAACGGAGAAACGUGUCGUAGUUGCGUAUCAUGCCGUUUCCGAUUGUGUCCAUUAUUCAGGUUUAAAAAAUUUAAAUUGUACCGGGUAUUACUGUUCCGUACGAAUAUGCUGGCUUCCCGAAAGUAAAUGGAAACGCAUUUUCAUAUAUAGGAGAGAAGGUAUCUGAAGUUGACAGCGGUAUUUAACGCUGGAACUAUGUAUGUAUGUGUCCUCCCCCGAGAACGACAGUUCCUUGGGGCGAUGCGCGUGCCUACUAUAUAUUAUACUCGGUUUACCUGCCUAAUAUAUUAUUGCUGUUGAUCACGAAAAGCGCGCCGUGACCUGGUCAAGAUAAGGAAAUUCGGUCGCAAAUAACCAACCACGCCCGGGCGUUCUGGUUUAGUUUAAUAAACAUUAUUAUUAUUUCUCGUUUUAUUGUAUUAUAGUAUUUAUUUAUAUUCGUAUAAAUAUUUUCACACCUACGCCUGCAUGACACAGAAAAAUAUACGAGUUACGGGGGGGGGGGGUCUCUGUUUGUUUACGCCGGCGCCGUUCGUUUUACGCUAAUAAAAUAAUAACGAUAACAAUAAUAUACAAAGAUUGAGCAACGGCGCGUUAUCUAUGUUUGUUUAUUUUUUUGUUUCGACUAAUAAUAUCAUAGAGAGCGUAGAGAUUACAAAAACUAUAAUCAUGUAUAAAUACUCGUUUUCAGAGUUUCGUUCGGCAGUUCAAAAGGAUCUAUGGUCGAAACGUUGAUAUACGACAGCCCGCCCGUCCAAGAAGAAAUACUGGAUCUGGCCGACAUUGAUGACGCGGACGCGUAAGUUUUCAAACAAAUACUAUACCGUUUCCGCAUAUCUAUUAUUAUCGAUAUUAAUAUUGAUAAAUCGAAUAUACAACGGCGAUAUUGUAAGUACCUACACGUAGGUAUACACGGGAAUCGUUAAUCAAUCACGAAUCACGCGAAUCGGUAUAAUAAAGAUUGAUUUCAAAAAGGCGUGACUUAUUUGAUUUUCAAACAAGAAUCUUAAUAAAGAAUAAUUACUUUAAAUCGUAUACAGUAUACGUGAUUAUAAAAUAUUAUUGUACACAGGAACGUUUCUUGUACGCGUUAUAAAACGGAGGGGAAAUAACGAAACAUAUAAUAACGUAUAUUAUUUAAUCGUCUCGGGGGAUUUUUACCAUAAAUUACUCAAUUCCUCUCCCUCCCCCCCUAAUCCUCUGAUAUAAACUAAUUAAAAAUAUUCGUUAACGUUUUAAAAUCUAUUGAAAAAAAAAAUAACCCUCAUACAAUUAUUAUAAUAUACUAGUAGUAUUAUAGUACUAUAAAUACGGAAAAGCUUUUUUUUUUUUUUUAUUAAUGAUUUUAUUCACUCGCGAAUGGACUUGGAAAUAUUUUGGCAAGGGAAAUUAUUAGCGAAACAAAUAUUUACAUCAUUAAUUCGUAAACAAUAUUGUUGAAUAAAAAAAAAAAACCAAAAGCCAUCAUAACUAACUCAUAAAUAACCUUUACGCGUCCAAAAAGACGCGACGAUGCUAAACGAGAAACAAGACGCACCUACGCACGAACGCGAUUAAUAUUAUUUCUGAUGGUUGUUCGAUUUAUUUACUCGAUAUUAUUAGUCUAAAAUUUGUUUUUAUGCAUUUUUUUUUUUCUUUUGAUCGUGUGAAAUUAUACGCGAAAUUAUAUAUUCCAACAACCGCGUGUUUUUAAUUAAAAACAGUGUUUAAUAUGUAAUAUGCGUAUAUGAUAUGUGUAUAAACCCACGCACAAAUUGUAUACGCCACUUGAAAAUACAAUGUACACACUGUGUAUUAACUAUUUAACUAAUUACUGUGUGUAAGAAGUACCAUAGAACGUAAACAACUUAUUUUCCCCCCAAAAUAAAACUAAAUUAAUUUAAACUAAUUAAUCUUUAUUUCGAUUCAAUUAAGUAUAUAAUAUUGGACAAAGUCUAAGAGGGCGUUAUAAUUUUACCCUUCCCGUCAUUAUAAUUAUAAUAUUAUUCCUUAUUAGUUUAUUCAGUUAAUUUAUAAUUAUUCUAUAAAUUAUGCAGAGUAAUUAUUCAAUAUUUUUUUUUACCAUCACGAACCGUCGUUGACUUCAAAGAUUACACCGACUACCCAACUAAAAUUGUCAUAACUCGUCUGAAAUUACUAAUGAAGAGAUUUAAAGAGUAUUACUAAGAGUUAUAAAUAGACAUUUUAAUUUAAACAAAUACAGAAUUAGUUUAAUUUUGUUUUCAAAUCCUCUUAAACUUUUGUAAAAAGUGAGUUACGACAGUUUUCGUUUCGAGAGCCCGCAUAUCGGCGUAUUAUGGCAAUUUUAAUAACUAAAUAUAAAUACAUGUAAAUUUUGGACUAAAAAUUUCUCAUACAUACAGUCUUCCGAAUUUUGUAUUUCAAUCAAAUUUCCCAUGAAAUUAUUUUUACUAAGGUUAUUUAUUAUUAGUUAUUUUUCAAAAGAUGACUUAAAUAAGAAAUGUUGGAAUCAUUAAUUCUGAUGUUUUAUUUUGUCCUUAAAGAUUUCAAUACCAAAAUGUUUAUUUCAACUAAAAUUUCAUAUAUGUAUGGAAUUUUUAUUACAGGUUGCUAUUUGAAAAUUAAGUGGGUGGUGAUUUCAUCAUCAAAAAUAAAUGUGCAUGAAAUAAGAACAAUUUUUAAUGCUUGAGAAUAUAUGAUUACAAAAAGUUUUUUGAUAUGCCAUUUUUGGGAAAAAAAAUAAGUAUUUUAUCGAAAAUUUGACUGCAAUGUGAAAUUGUAUACGAGGCCUCGAAUAGCUGGCAAUGUAAAGUUAACAAAACCGGAAAAGAUAAAUAGAUUAUUCUAAAAGAAUUUAAUAAUAUACGCAAACAAUUCCAAAAAAUACAAGAAAAACAUUAAAAAAUUAUAUUCUUUUGAUAUUCCAUGCGUAACUUGUAAACCUAAUGUCCAUUAAAAAAUUAAUUUAAUUAUUAUUAAUAAUUAAUAGGUGUUAAUUUGUCUACAUAAUUUCUCGUAAAAAUACCGGUACACAUUAGGUAAUCACAUUGAAACUUUUUAUUAGCUAUAUUUUCGUAUGAUUUUAAUAACAGCUAUAAUACAUUAUCGUUAAGUUAUUUAUUUUUAUUGUGUUUUGUAUAGAUACGAAAUAUCUCGAGUAAAGUAUAAAACACUAAAAUAUUAUAACAUUGCAGUAUACAAUAAUGUGCCGUAAAAAUAAAUAUGAAUUUAAAUAUUUAAAUCUAUAUAAUAAUACGCAGCGCAGUACUCUUAAUAGUUUUACCCCCCUUUAUAAUGCAAACAUUGUAAAUUAGUAAAACAUUAUACUUCACUGUACAUCAUUUGUUUGUAAAAUGAAACGAGGACGAAUUCCAGACACUACCCUAAGCAGUUUUGUUUCGUAAACAUUUCAUAACAACAGCUUUUUUUAUAUAAAUGCCUGCACGCAUUGCCGAGCGAUCUUAACAUCACAAACUUGUAUACACUUAGAUUUUCGUAAAAUAUUCCAAACACGUUCGUAUUAUAUUUCAAAUUUGUUCGGUGUAUAUAGUUUAAAACGAUAGUCGGGCAUUGCAUCGAAAUACAGUGGCGUAUGUAAUACAUGUGAUUUUUGAAUAUAGAGAUGACAACACCGAGAGAGAAGAAGAAAGGCGGCAGCCCUCUCUUCCAAGGAAAUAUUCUCGCCAUUCCUCGUACGAUCUCCCCUCGGAUAUUCUACCUUUUAGAUUCCAAGUGGAACGAGGAAUUUAUAGUUUUACAAUAAUGUUUAUUUUAUUUUUUUGAUGUGAACACUUUUUCCACCAGAAAACUUACUCCGAUUAUCAAAUAUAGCAUAUUUUCUGAAAGAAAAUAUUCUCUGGCUGGUACUUUAAAGUCAUUUUUUGAAAUUCUCUUAAAUAUUCGAGAUAAUAAGCAACACUUGGUUCAUUAGAUUAAAAAUAAGGUUGUCAUCGGCAACCGUUUUUAUUUAUUUUUCGUUAUUAUUAAGUUUUUAUUGUUUUAAUAAUCUUUUUUAAACAAUCAUUGUUGUCAUGGAAACGCACAUUAAUAAUCGUUUUACCAUAAUAUGACAUAUAUAUUGUUGAAAAAGCAAAACUAUCAACUGAACUCCGCUCAGAAUCGUUUAUUCGUUAGCAAUGGUUUAUCGUUGCCUACAGAUAUACAUUAAAUUUCCGUCGGUAUCCUACCUACCCAACUUCCCACUUACAACAGUGGCUACACCCACGUGUGAAAUAUGUCCGUCUUUUCUUUUUUUUUAAAUUUAUUUUCCCCAAAAAGCACAAUAUUGUAAAAAAAACAACGUAAUAAUAUUACGGAGCUACGGUUAUAUUUUUAUAAAUAUAAUUGAAAACAAUUUCGUCUUGAUGGAAUUUAAAAUCGAAUUAUAUAAUUAUAAUUUUCACAGUGGAUCGACCCUCGUGCCCCCCCCUGUCAACGUAUUAUUUUAUAAUUUCCGUUUUAAUAUUAUAAUAAAUAUAUAUAUACAGAGUGUAACAAUAAAGUAACGAAUUUCAACCGACCACUGAAAAUUUCGUAAAAUAUCAACAAUUGUCGGCGUUUGUUAACACGUUGACGGACACUUGUAAUGGCGUUUUCACUGUUAUACCAGCUAGCAGCACCUACGGUAUACAUCCGAAAAUCUGGUGUAAGUCGACAGUGUGUACCGCCGCGACGCGUGGCAGUCUAAUGUCUUCUUUAUUGAUACCGUUGAAAAUAUUACUGCCGUAGCCGUAUUGGCUGUGAUACGAUAUUGUUCAUAUUACUGCUACAUAAAAGCAAUGCCCGUCGAAUGCGUUAAAAGUAAAUAUUCGAUAACAUUAUGACGUUGUGUUACAGACCGGCAAAUUAUUAUGGUAGUUGUAUAACGAUGAAUGAAUGAAAAGUGGUGUGUGUACCCGUACAAAUCGAACUGUUAACUGUCAUUACGCUAAUUAAAAUAUUGAUUUAUCAAAAUCACUAUACUUGUUAUUUUCGUUCACGGUUUCGUGUGUAAUUAUAAUAUCGUAUUGAGACGUGAUAACUGUACAGGUAGUUGUACCGGCCGUAUAGACUCAUUAAAAAUAAAUACGAUACGAUACAUUUUUCAUUAAUCAAUUUGUAAUACCCGAUACCUAUAAAGGUCCGCCGUAUAAAUUAUUUGCCAACCGAAACUACGCACAGUACCCAUCUGUUGUGCGGUAAUAUUAUAAUAUAUGAAAUGAAAUGGCCAAUCGGGCUAAUUUAUUUCAAUGAAAUUUACUCAUCCAUCUGUUUUCACGUGAAUGCGUAUUUCGUUGACAACAUUCAACGGACGUUCGCUUAUUCAAUAAGUCUUAUUGUAUACGAAUAUAUGACGCAGAGUGAACUAUCCUCGAUGAGACACACUCGUUGGCCCUCGACAAGUAAAUUUUUCGCGGAAUAUUUAAUUUGAACGCACUUCGCUAUUCGAAAUGUUUAAUAUUUUCAUCGACCCGUGGACGAGAUGUUCCGCUUUUAAGUUUGAUUAUACGGAGAAAGUCGGCAAUUCAAACGCCGCACGCCCAACCGCCACACAAAUGAUGUUCGAGCGUUUCUAUACCUUUGAACGGUAACGUACAAUGAUUUUCACAGUUGAUUGUUUUUUUUUUAAAAAAUUAAUACUCUCAAGCCUGGUGAAUCGAUACCGUACCGACCAACCAACACUGACUAACGAAUAUUUAUCGAAUUCCUAUGCACGCACUCUAUAAAACAACAUAAACCACGUUUCUGUGUGGUUUUUUUUUUUUUUUUCUAUCAAGUACUCGUAAUCUCUGAAAAGACCCAUGAAGGUAUUAACCGCGCCGCGGUGUUUACACACCGCACGGUAUACGGUUACACGAUAAAUAAGCCCAUCGCGCGCGUAUAAAGGCGGCAGAUCUGCGCACCGCGCGGCGCCCAUUGUGUGCGUACGGCGGUCGGCGAAACUCUCCAUCGAUCGGAAUUUCGAUGCAUACGUACAGGUGUACGGCGGUCCGGUCCGCGUGAUAACAAUAUAUUAUUAUUGUUAAUGUUGUUGCGUAACGCGCGACCCGGCGGAAAAACGCAACAGGGCGACGCGAGAGCGACAGUAACACACGGCUAUCGCGCGUUCUCCCGGACGAUCGGCUUUUCCGCGUCGCACGCGGCGCGUCCGUUUUCCCGGGAUCACGCCGCCGUCACGAUAACACAAUCGUAUCGGGCCGGCCGUCAUAAAUCGUAUUACGCACACGGAAUACGAAAACGAAACGCGUUCGGCGACCGGUGCGGAUAAUACAGCGCCCGGCCGGGUGGUAGCACUGCGAGUCGGCGGCGGCGGCGGCCACAGUCGAAUCCUCCGGCGGCCGCUCCCGUGGCCCCGGUCCCUAUCGACAAUCACUCCAGUGACGCCGUACCGCCGUUUUGUGUGCGUACGCCGCCCGCGCGUAUUGUACGUCCUACCGUGGUGCCGUUACCCGCCGAAAACAUCAACAACAACAACAAUAACAUUCGGCCGUCGCGUACAAUCCGAGUUCCCGGUCGUCGCGCGCGCGCGCGUUAACAGACAAAUAUUACCGUCGUCUGUAUGUAAUUAUUAUUGUGCGCACGGUGAAAAUCGUCGCGCGCGCGUUCCGUUUGAAGUAAAUCGUCGCGGUCCGCGGUUACGCCCACGAUCCUCCGUCGAAUCGAUACCGGGGGAUAAAAGCGCCGCCACCCGGAAAACCGUCGCGACAAGUCGAGGUGAGUGUGGCCGGAUGGUGUACGUCUCAUACAGUUGUUGAAAACGUUCGUUAUUACCUGUUUUUUUUUUUUUUUUUUUUUUUUCAUCGAUGAUAUUUUAUCCGCGCCCCGAGAAUAACGGACGGUGUUGGGUCUCUACCGGCGAAUCCCACCGCGCCGCCGCGCAAUAACAGUAAUAACAACAGCAACAACAAUAACGAUCGUAUUAUGAUGUCAUCGGCGGCGGUCCGACCGGUUUCGCGUCCCUCGACCCCGUUAUUAUAACGGCGGCCGCUGCUGCCGCCGCCGCCGCCGCCAUUUCGGUCGCGCGAAACCGCGGAAAGCAAAAGUCCCGUAAAUGGUAACGUUUUGUAAACUUUCACCGCGCGCGCGUUUCGCGGAGUUCGCAGCCGAUCGUAUACGAUAUGAUAAUAACAUUCGGUCCGGUCGCGAUCUCUCCCCCUCCCCCCUACCCCCUCCCACCCGUUACCAGAUAUCCUACACGAGACGCCGCGAUAUUAAAUUAGAUCGAAUUUUGGCGCGUAAACGACGCACGGCCGGCCGGUCCGGUAUUGUGGCCGGUGGGCAGCGGGUUUUUUUUUUUUUCUGCUUCACUUUUCCCCCUACAACUUUGCGCGCGUACCCCGUCGCCCCGCCCGCGGCCGCGCGUAACGAAAUAGUCGACAAGGUCAAAUUCUUAGGCCAAUCAGCCUCGGCGUUUAUUAUUACUAUAAUGUGUGUGUGUGUGUGUGUGUGUGUUUGUAUAGGCUGCAGGUAGGUUAUUAUUUUACUGCGGUGCGCCCGACCUAUUAUUGUUCGCGCGUAUAUAUUAUAGUGAUAAUAUUAAUAUCACAACGUUAAUAAUCGUUGUUAACCUCUGUCUAUCUCUCUCACUCUCUCUCUCUCUCUAUCCCGUGUAUACAAUAAAACCACCACUCGAAAAAAAAAAAAACGAUGACGAUCGGCCCGACAAUAUCGUUACCUACGUAUGUAAAUUAUUAAUAGGCGCGUCGUCCCACGCCGCCGCUGCCGAAUAUUGUGCGGCCAGCGGGCAUUCGACCGCGCCCGUCCCGCGGCGUCGACGAAAAACAGUGUCGUUUGGCGCCAACUAUUAUUACGUCCAGUGCGAAAACGUAUUGCACCGCCCCGAACGCGACACGCGCCCCAAUACGCAAUUUGUCGGGCGGCGGACGCGACCGAACGAGAUUGCACGGGUGCGCGGCAGGCAACAAUAAUUAUUUCGCGUAAAAACCGACGGCUACGGUGUCGAGUCUUGUCGAUACGGACGCCCGCGGACCGCGCCGCCGCCGCCGUCUUCGUCUUCGUCUUCGCCGCGGAGGCCAUGUGGCGACGACGGCGAUUCGCUCCGUCGUCGUCGUUCUGCUCCGGAGACCUUGGGGAUAGGCGCAUUCGUAAAAUGUUCUUGGGCCCCGGCCAAUUUGGAAACCGUCCAUCGGUUCGGGAUUUUUUUUUUCCCCCUCUCUUUUUAUCGAAACCCAUGUUUAUUUUCGCGUUUCCUCCGGACGUCAUCUGGAGUGAAGCGCGCACGCCUGGAGUUAUAAUUAGAGACGCAAAUAGGUCAAACGUUCGUAAUAACAUAUCGUAAUAAUACGCGGUAAUUGUCGAAAAUCGUCGGGCGGCCAGCGCCUCCUUUACGCACUCCGCUCUAGGUACUAUACAGCGAUGAUGGGCGAAUCCGGAUAAUUCAAAAGAUCCGGAUGAGAAUUCGAUUCGAAUCCGGAUGUUCGGAUUUCACGCCCGUCCUUUAAAACUCUAACACUCGCGGGAAUGUACGAUUUUUGAUUUUGAUUUUUUUUUUUUUUUUUCUGGUUUGCAGAGCCGUCGCGUCCACCAGAGUCCGAGUGAGCUUUUUCGAAUCGGAAAAACCGUGCGUGAUACCGUCGCCACCCAAGUCGUUGGAAAUAUUUGGCGACAACACCAUGACCACGUCGAGUCCCAUACUGCAAAGGUCAAACGGUCACGUCCAAUCGCAGAUUAGGUGAGUGCGCGCGAUGGGGAGGUCGGGGAGGGGUUUGUUAUUUUAAACAGGUGCCGGGCGCGCGCGUCGAGCGGUCUUGCGGUACGCGCGCAGCAGUGCAUCGCGCAGGAGGAGAGCGCAUUCUGAACGCGUUGCAUCAUCGGUCACGUCUGCCGUCAUUAUUUCGGUACAAGACAAUGCGCCGUCGUGUCGCCGGCGGUCCUGUGCGAAUCCCGAAUCGCCUCUUGUUGUCGUGACGCUUCGUUAUUUUCUUCGUACACGCGAAUAAUAAUGCGACGGCGGCCCCGCGGAUUCGCGGCGAACCCGGAGUGGAAACCGCCGGCAUUGUCCGUCUCGUCGGGCGGACGGUUGAACGAACCUCCCGCGGGGGCCUCCGAUAAACAUAAUAAUAAUAAUAAUAAUAAUAUUAUCAUUGUUAUUAUUAUCGUUAUUGCUAUUAUUGCUAUUAUUGCUAUUAUUAUUAUUAUUACCGUCGUGCACAAUAACACGUGAGAACCGCGAACGUACGCGUCAAACCGCCGCGGUUUUGAAACUCGUUACUCGUAGAUAAUAUUAUUGUUGUUAUUAUCGUUAUCGUCGUCGUUAUUAUUAUUAUUAUUAUUAUUAUUACGCGCCCGGUCGUACCCGCGCCGUGGUCGGACGGCGCUGUCCCUACGCUGUAAGACUGCACGCUUUGAUACGCCGUUGUGUUAUUCUGCGUUAGUGUCCGACGCGCGCGGCCGAGGACACGGUAUUAUUGUAUGCGCGUUCUCGGCGCUGCGGCCUCAAACGACGAUUCGUUUUGCCAAGAGGUCUAGUCGUCGCACAUGCGAUGAUAAUGAUAAUAAUAAUAAUAAUAUUAUUAUAUCGGCCGCGGCCAAUCGCGCAAUGCGGUUCGGACGGGACGAAAAAAUAUAAACAAAUGGAAACACGACCGACACGACGACAUUGGUCCUCGAUUUUCCGGGGGAAAAAAAAAAAAAUCAAUAAUAAUAAUAAUAAUAGAAAAAAAUUCUAUUUUUUUCCAUAAAUUAUUUCGUCAACGCGAUAAUUAGAAGUACCCGCGCGUAUAAAUCAAACGGGAGACCGGACGGACGGCCCGUUUGACGGCCGCCGUGUUUUUAGUGCGAAACGUCCGCAGUCGGACGUUCUUCUACUUGCAUCUCGUAACGUUUCGAAUCUGUGGUUGGUGCGUCACGUGGGAUUUGUAUGGAAUUCGUUCAGACAUUUUGACGAAGCCGAAAAUAUAAUGUGCACGUAAAAUUAAAAAAAAAAAAAAUUUAAAACGCCUAUAAAUAGCUCGAAAACCUUCGGGAUAAUUCGGAAACUAUACCCCGUCUCUCCGGAACAUGCUAAUAAAAGCAUUACAAAUUACAACCAAUACACAUAGUAGUGUUUAUUUUUACCAUUUAAAUAACAUAGGAGGGAACUAGCGAUACUUUCAAUUAAAUCGCAUUUACCCAUCGGAGUUCGAAAGUUACGAGGUCGUACAUAGUUUUUUUCUUAAAGAUUGCAAAAAAAUACACAAGAUUCACUUGAAAUCAAGUGAAAUUUUACUGUUAUUAAGAAUAGCCCAUUAGUGGAAAUCUAUAAAAAUUGAGUUUUAUAACUUUUUGUUCACAUAAAGUUGUAUAACUCGGCCACUUUCACUAUCAGUCCUUGGCUGUAGAUCAGCUUCAUAGACUAUAACGAGUUGGAAAUUUAAAAAAAAACAUCUGCAUUUUUGAUCACAAAUGAACGCAAACUAUUCAAAUAGCAAAAUAAAUUAUCUAAACAGCAUAAAAUUGAAAGCGUCGCUAAAUAUUUAUAAAAAUAAUAAACGAAGAAACCAAAGUAUUUAAAAUUCGCGUCCUGCUCCCAUUCAUCAAGGAUUUUUCGGGGGGGGGGAAGGUGGGAAAGGCUCCGGCCUUUGGCGAGCCCCACCCGAUAUCGUAGGAUUACGCUGACUACGGUGAUGUAACGGGCGCAUAUUGUUUUAUUGUCGCGUCUGUUAUGGAAAAAAUUAUAAAAAAAAAAAAAAAAAAGAGCCGGUUCGGUUAAUUAACGAUUAUCGCGUGCAUCGCAUCACCGUCCUUAUUUGUGUCCGGCUCGUACCCGCCACCCGCGGCGUACAAUAAAGUGAUACUUCAUUAACGCGCCCGUAUAGGUCAGUGGGACGCGUGGAAUUUUUUUAACGCGCACAAAAUAUACUACCGCGGUGUUUUAAUGUUUUUUUUUUUUUUUUUUUUUUUUUUUUUUUUUUUUUUUUUCAUCGUUGUUAUUGUUAUCAUUACUGUUCAUUCCGAACCGGUCUGAAUAUCCGUACGCGACGUCCGGAUAAAACACGGUACAUAGCGGCCAACGCGAAUUUCUAAUCACGUAUAUCAUUACAGUAAAUGCGAUAUGCCUGUUCUCCGUGUCGCGUUCGCCGCAUACUAAUCGCGAAAUAGUCCGUCGGAAAUGUUCUUUGUUUUUUUUUUUUCUUUUCGCGUACAUACGUCCCCGCGAACGAUAAAUCACGUACCGUCGCGAAACUGUAUCCGUUUUGGAAAUCGGAGAAGAAUAAAAACCGCGCGCGAGAUUAUAUUGAUGGCCUUUAAUCGGUAAAUGCGCGCGGAAUGAAUAACAGACGGACACGUCUCCGUUUCCCCGUGUAUACAUUUCGCUUUCGCGUGUCGGUGGGACGGUCGGCAAAAGUAAAGGGUACAAUUCGAUACUAUAACAAUUAACGUACCGGGGAAUUCAGUAGUUUUGCUUAAAUACCGCGGAGAAAAAAGAACCCCCGAUUCCGAGUAAAGUUCGCUAGUGUUUUAACUGGUUCGACUAAUCGAAGUGGUUAUUUUCCGUGCGUGUAAUCAAGAGAAAUGUAAAAAAAAAAGUCCGCGAUUCUAGUGUUUAGAGGGACCGAUGAUGCGCGAAACGUUUAGAUUUCAAAGUUUUUACUAUCCCGUUUACGUCCAGCAAUGUAACGUGUUAAAAAUUGUUCGCGGAUCUCUGCGUGUCUCGUGUGGCUUUCGCUCAAAACCGCGGGUUUUCGUUGUUAUUUUUUUUUUUUUACGGUUUUUAUCGAUUCCCCCCCCUCCUCCCGUAGUAGGAAAACUGUCGGGAAUAUUUUUCGAAUAACGUGCCGCGAGAUUGAACACGCGCGUCUUUUAUAAGGCAGGUGAACCGCGAGUGGCAUAAUAUCGUUCAGCGCCUGUUGUCUGACAUUUUUUCUUUUUUUUUUUUCAAAUCCGCGAGACUUGUUUUCCGUUUAUUACACGUACUCGAAUUAACGCCUAACCGAACUUAAAAAAUAUAAAAAAAAAAAUUCGUCUUCAGCUAUCGCGCGUGUUGACGACAAACACAAUAAACUAAUUAAAGGUACGUAAAAGUAAAUCUCCCGCGUUUUAGUUUGUAAUUAGCACUGUUAUACCGCAGCCGAGGUCCGUCUGUGCAGUGCGGUGAACGUUUCGGAGCCGUUUUGCUAACCGGAAAAAUAAACAGAUAAUAUGAACGAAUAACAAAACCGCUUUGCGGAACAGCCGCACGAGUGUUCCUCGCUCCGCUCGGAAUCUCAAAAAGAAUAUGGAAAAAGAAAAAAAAAUUACGCUUUCCACCUGUAUAACAAAUUACGGUUUACGGUGUACGGUGCGUCCUCUCCUCUCGUGUUCCCUCCCGCGCGACAGCGUAGGUAAGCCGCUCUAAAAACCGACACCAAGACGCCAUCACAGCGCAACGCUUACGUCACCUGAUUGUUUAUUAUGUGUACGCAAACGCACAAACGCGAGCGCGCGGCGGAGGACAACAAUCGAUAUCCGUUGCAGCAGUGGCAUGGGCGAGGGAGGAUAGUACGAUACGCGGCGGACAGGAGCAGUGGCAACGGCUGCGGCGAUACUGUAGCCGGGCAAUCAUGCGCACACCGUGCGCUGUCGUCGGCCGCGAACCGCGGCCGUUAUCGAUAUAUUGUUAUAAGAAAGCCAGAAUGCAACAACGAUACUAUGCCCGCUACUAUCGAUUGUACGGACGACGAUUCGGUGUAGUUUCGUAUAUUAUAAUAGUAGACUCUCCUGAUGUAGUAUCCGCCGCCGCCGCCGCCGCCACUGACUGACGUGAAUGGGAAGGGGAACGCCCGGCGGCGCGCGCGCCGCGUCGGGGUUCUCCUCAGUUCGUGUUUCCCACCGCGUUCGCGACGGUCGUGGUUUUGUCGUUUUCGCACACCGCGACGCAACUGCCGCCGCCGCCGCCGCCGCUGCCGCCGCCUCUUGUUUGUCGCGCGACACCCGACUGAUAAGAAGAGUAGCCGAAGCGUGCGAAAACCGUCGGUCGUCGUACCAUUAAAAUAGCAUGCCAACAAGCAUGACCGCUUCCCACGGCGGCGUACUGUACUACGUGGUCAAAGUCCCCAAGGACGACCCUACUUCGUUGGACUAUGUGUCGGCCACCGCUUCGCACAAGUACCUGGAGGAAAAGCGCACCCUGUCGCCGUUAAACUUAGAGUGAGAAUAUCAAACGUCUGCUUAUAUUAUAGAACCGAAAACAAACGGGCGAAAGGCGGGUAAUAAUAAUAUUAUUGUUGUGAUAACGAGCGAGCGUUGUAAUAACAUUUUAUUAUUUAUACCGUCGGCCGUAUAAAACGCGGGGCCCGACGAGAGCGGGCCGUUUAGUACGAAAAACGUCUUGGGUCGUUCCGGAAACGGAUGCGGGAAACAAUAACAAUUCGAAAAAAUUUAAAAAAAAAUAAAAAAAAACACCCCCUUUCGAACCGCGCUGUCGUUGGGUUUAUUAUUAUUAUUAUUAUUUAUUUUUUUAUUUUUUUUUUUUUCUGAAAAACGGUCGUAAUAAUAAAACGUAACACGUUGUACGCAUCUAUUGCAUUACAAUUCGUCGCGAGCACGACGAGCUCCGCGCGUACGUUUUCCCCCCUCGGAGCACGAAAUAUUAUUAAACCGCUUAACCGCUCUCCGCGCGUACGCCCGACGACGGCGGUUUAAAAUAUUUACAACAAUGCGUACGCAGUGACGGAACUGCGGAACGACGGCGGCUGCGGCCGGCGAUUAUUGUUUUUCACUCGCAAACGCCGCAUUUUACGCGCAAUAUGAUGCGCGACGCGACGUCUCGUCAGAUGUCAUCGCCGUUGUCGACGCGCGACGAAUGCGAACCGUAAACGUUCGCCUUCGCCGUCGGUUCACCGGGCAGUUUCGGUUAUUAAAAGCCGGAUCCGAAAGAGCAAAAACAAAAAAAUAACCGAUUUCCAACCGCCGUUUUCGGGCUUUUUACGCGCCUCCUCGUAACUCGGCCGAAAAUGCGCGUGCCGCGUCGCGUAACCGAUUAUUGUUUUCGCAUUUUCAAGCGCCGGCGGGUGGGGCAACGUAACCCCUAACCUCCCCCCACCCAUCCGCUAGGCGCGAGUAGAUGCGCGUCGCCGGUGUACGGUUUAUAAACCGAUGUCGUGGCUGCUCGGCCAUCGCGCGAAUAUUAUUAACGCACAUUCGCGGGGUGUCUCUCUGUUUAGGUAAAUUAAAUAUAGAUUCGAGGUUACGGCGCGAAGAAAAUAGAAAAAAAAAAAAACGGACGUCUGACCGCCGCGGCACAAUACGUUUUAAAGGUUCUUUUAUGCGGGAGAAAAAAAACCUUCCGACCCCGCCUUCCCCCGUUCCCGCCGAAAAAUAACCGCGUGUUUGAAUUUUCGAACGCGGCGUUAAUUUUUCUAACUGCUCCCCCCCCCGCGACGUCGUGUUUCCCGCGGCCGUUUCUCGGCGUGUUUCGAAUGGAUUUUUGUUCGGUUUUUUUUUCUCCCCGAGCGUUUUGCCAAUUUCCCGGCGAACGGCUACGGUUUUAGCGAGAAACACCGCCGUUAUCUGUUUUCGCGUCGAGUUUUUUUUAAACGCGGGGAGUUGGUGACACGUUUAUCGUGUUUUUCCCGUGCUCUGAAGUGUUUCGCGCGAUGAUUGAUGGUGACGUUUUUAGGCGUGGGCGAGACCUUUCGCUGCCCGAAAUUAUAGCACAUUGUUUUGAAUGCCAAACGACGACCACACCUUUUUAAAGGUCAGCCUUCGUGCCGACGAAAUCAUCCCGAAGUUUUUUUUUUUUAGGCCGGUGGUGGGUAUAAAUUAUGGCCGGCCGACGUGACGGGUAUGCGCGUACGGAACGUUUUUUUUUAUUAUCGAUACGUUCGCAACAGCGAGGAGACGUGUUUGAUUAACAAUAUUCCCCGGACGAAAAAUUGCCGAUUUAUCUGCCGGCGAUAUUUUUCGUCAUUUCGACAAUAAUAUUCCCGUUGUAAAUUGUUGUGAACAACGUCUAUUUAUAAACGAACGGGUUCCAAUUGAAUUAUAAAUACCGCCAUGACUCCCAUAGAACAGCGAUUAUUCACGUUUAUUUGGCUCUUGUCGACUCUUUUCCCUUUUUUUUUUUUUUUUUUUAUAAAAAACGUAUAGAAUAUAUUACGGAAAAAAAAAACAAACCACCGAUACGCCGCCACGACGUUCAGCUUGUAUUUUUUUUUUUUUUUUCUUCAAAUAAUAUCGUAAUGUUUAACGCCACGGUAUCGUCUCUCGUGUAGAGAUUAUCGUCGUCGCGUCGUUAAGUAUGUACAAAUAACCCGUCGAGAUAAGACAACGAUAAUUCGUGCGACUUAUUCGUACCUAUUUAUUGAUCGAACGAACCGUAAUGUACGUUGACGUUUUUAUGGAUUUCGCGUUUUCGAGCGCGUCCGUCGUCGUCAAAUGAACGCCUUGCCACAACGACAGUCGCGCGUCUUCCCACGUCGCCCGCUCUCAUUUUGCCCGCGAAUAAACCGGUGCAUUAAAAAUCUUCCCGUUCCGCCGGCACACGAAUCGGUCGUGUCGCUAUUUUUAAUUGAAAUGUCAUUUUUGCAAUGGAAUUAUUAUUGCUCUAUAGAAAUUCCAGCGCCGCGAUUGUGUAUUGUCGCAAACACAAAAACUAUUGACAAUAACAGUGGGGUAAUCGACGGAUUACGAAUAGAUGUUCAAAAGAAUUUUUCACAAUUUGUGUUCAGUACAGUUUUGCAAUGUUAGUACAGUGGCAAUUUAAGAAAACUAGUGCAAUCCCUGCGAAAAACGACGCCGAAAACGAGUCGUCUUAACAUGAACUCUAGUAGAACGGAAACGCGGAGUCAUGAGUAACGUGCGUCACAGGUAAGUAUUAACAAAACAAAAUGCUUGUCGGCAAAAUGGGAGUCGGCGACGCGGGCGAUUAUCUCCACCCCCGUGGCGCGCAUACCUACACGUGUGUGACAAUUGUAUACCGUCGGCGUAAGGCUGAAGCGGUGACGCCUCGGAACUCGGCUACCUCUGAGACGCUCGAGUCACGCUCAUUGGGCGGCGCGAGAAAAGCGUAUCGAUAGGUACAAGAACGUUUACGACUCGACGCGGCCGCAAAGUGUGAUUGGCCUUCGCACAGACCCGGGCCGCAGAAUCAUAAACUUUCAGAAGUACGAUUCGGAUGUACACAUGUGCCAUACGGUAUCGAUAUCGGUGGGCAAAUCACCGGUCGAAACACCGCGGUGUACACCGGAUUCCAGAACGCCGGGGUUUUUCUGAAGAUUUUCGGCGAGAUUUGCCCGACCGACCGACGCACAGUAGAUAUCGGAUCCGCCGUCCUCUCCGUCCACCCCCUCUCCCGAUAUUCGAUAUUGGAAUUUUUUUUUUUUUUCGAUUUUCGAAACGAACGCGUCGAUAGUAAUUACCCGCCGCCGCCGACUCGUACGCUCACGCCGUACACGCCACACACGUACGUAUGCGCGUACACAAUAAUACAAUUUAAUGUCGAUCAUCAUUGUCGGCCAUCGCGUUACGUACACGAAACAUUUCAUGGACAACCGUGCGCCACGGUCCGGUGAGCCGGCAAUGGCCCGUGAACCCGUGCUGCAGGUUCCCUCUUCCUGCCGUGCGCCUUUAAUGCGCUGCGGCGCAGCGUCCGUCGCCGGCGGAAUUCCGACCGCAAACGUAAUAACAGUAAUAAUACCGUCUAUCUCGACGCCGUUCUCCGAUAUUAUCCGAAAUGUUACAUACAGAGCGCGCGCGCAUGCCAGUCCGCGGACGUUCGGUAAUCCGUAAAAUAAAAAAUAAAAAAAGACCGAGAAAAAAAAACAACAAUUUUAAAUAUAUAUAUAUAUUAAUUAAUUAUGAAAAUUUAAUUUAAAAAAAAUGUAUAUUUUUCGUAUUGUUUUUAAAAAUAUCGGAAAAUAAAAAUAUAUUUCUUAUGAAAGAGGUUUUUUUUUUUUUAGUAGUAAAAUAUUUAUGCGAAAAAAAGCAUUUUCAAAAUAAUGAGCAAUAGAUCUUUCAUUCCCCUGUCGUUCAUUAAAAUCACCUACGCUGACCUUUCCGUGCUCUCGUGCUAUUUCAUUUGAGUGAACUAAAUGUAUUCUGUCAAAAGUCACUAGAGUGUCGAAAAAGUGUUCGUAUUGUAAUAACAUUUUUUUUUUUUAUUGUUAACGCGUAAUAAUCAAUUAUUAUCAUCGAAAUUUUAAAAUGUUUGUUCUUUUUUUCCGGGAUUCGUUGGAAAUAUGAUCGUCUUCUUCUUCUUCUUGUUCUUUCGAUAUUCGCACGAGAGAACGUUGUACAGCGACAAGACAUCCGCCCUCCCCUUCCCGGCCGUUUACGUACCGCGUUCGUUCCAGACGUGCGGCGUCGUUGUAUUUUGUCCCGCUCGCGACGGAGUCUCUCCCGCGCGACAUUUUCACCUGUUGGACUCCGUCCGCGCCACGCGGUGGUACUGUUAUAAAACAAUACGGUCGCCCCGGUUCCGCGUCCGCCGUUGCCUCGACGGCCGUAAACUAAACGUGGCGUAAAGUCAACGGUUCUCGCGCGUCGCGUGCCCGAACCGAUUGUGCUCGGGAUUGUCCGUACGUCGUAACCCGCGUUCGGGGCAUUUCCGUUACGACGCGCGUCUGUUCGCACGGCGUAUACUGUCAUAUCGUACCGUUUGCGUGUUACAGUUCGGACGGAUGGGACAAUCCUUUCAGACCGGACGGCGACUUGUCCAAGGAGGCCGACCAGAUAGUCGAGCUGAUUAAAGAAGGCAAACCGAUCACGCCGACGCCCACGAGCGCGGCGUCACCCUUGUUGCCCGAACCCGACGCGGGCGUACAGCACGACCAACCGCAACAGCAACAGCAGCAACAGUCGCCGGUGACGGCGUCCACGCCGACAAAAGCGAACGGCACGUGCAACGAAAAGAACGCGGUGCCGCCCAACGUGGAAGUCCAAAGAGGUAUAUAAAAUAUAUUGUAACACUGUAGUAAUUGUAUGGCCGAUUUUUUUUUUUUUUUUUAUUCCGUCCGUAUCGCCGAGGUAACCCCGUGUGAAAAAAACAAACAAACGAACGAUUAGAUAUCCGAAACGUCCAUAUAUUUUACUUUUCAAAAAUCCUUUCCUAGCGGAUGCUGCGUCGAAUUUCAACCCGGCCAGUCCGGCGAUUCGGGCUAGGCGAUGGUGAAUCAGUCAGUCAGUCGGGGCAUGUUAUUUUAUACAAUAAAUUAGAUAGAUUACGAUGAUAUUAUUAUAUAAUUACGACGUCAGACCCGACUCGGGAAAAAUAAUAACGACCGUACGGGGUUCCGAUUAGACUGUAAUUGCGUUGUAACGGCCGCGCCGGCGGUAAUCGUUUGCCAAAACAGAUUUACGGGGGUCUGGUCCCCUUCCCCUGCCCUCCCUCCAGACGCUUGUAUAAUAAUUCCAAUCAGACGUCGUCCAAAAAGAGGCAUCCGUCGAUUCAGAUACCUUUGAAAUACGUAUGGUUUUUUUAGGACCACUCUCCCCCACCCCCCGGAAAAAACAUUGAAAAUCCCCCACUGUUUGCGAACACGACCCAAACGAAUAUUACUGUUACGGCGAACGAACUCGAAACGAUGCGAAAUCGGUCGCAGCAGCAUUCGGGCUUGGGGAAAAUAUAGAGCGGACCGCCCGCCCCGACGUUGAUGUACAGGAAAUAAUAAAAAAUAUAAACACCGAUAAUUAGUACGCCCGCGCCGCCCGGAAAAUGCCAGUAAACGCGAAUGAAUUAACGAAUACUUUCGAGGGAAAAAAAAACCAAUAGGGACGCAUACGCUGUAAAACGUGUGACAAAAAUCGGUCGAGGUACUUGGUCCCCUCCCCUCCCCUCCCCCCGUAAAUAAAUGACGAAAGUUCAACUUCGCCGUCGCGUCACGCAUAAUAUUAUAGUUAAUACCCAUCGCGUUACGUUUCGGUUAUAAUUCCCUUUUUUUUUUUUUUUUUUUUUUUUUUUGUACAAUAUAUACCUGCAUUGUACACUAAUAAGUUUGAUAUUGUUCUGAAAUUGUGUUUUAUUGUUUCGUUUUACCCGGCAGCUCGGCUCUUUCGCCUAUUGACGGAUAACAAUAUACCCAUCUAGUAAUUUUAUCGAUUCGCCAUGCCCAUUCAACUCGAUUGCGAUGCCAGUUUGUAUUGACUGGGUAGGAUUAUAACAUUACAGUUCGGAAAUUAACAUUGUACACGAUUAAUAUUCGAUACAAUAGUCUAAUCUCUCUCCGUAAUAUGUGCAUACAGGUACCUAUAGAGUGUUUAAAUAUUCUAGAUAAUAGAUUUUUAAGCGAUUCGGUCGAUAGCGUUGGAAUUUAAGUAUAAUAUUAUAGUUUCUAGUUAAAACGUGUAUAAUAACGAGCGUAUACACGAGAUUAACGUAAUUAUACUGCUCGCUACUGUAAUUGUGGCGGUAAUAAUAGUAAAACAGAACCUACGUAUUUAUAUACGUUUAUUAUAUUCAAUAAUAUUAACCGGUGUUUUCUAACAGCACAAAAAAACACGGGAUCCAUAUUUGUAUAUUAUAGGCACUGUAUAAGUCUGCAAUUUAUUGUGUCUAAUGUACGUGGAUAUUUUAUGUUGGUUACAGGAACUGUGAUAAAUGGAAACGAGCCUUCUCAGGUGGAACAUGUAGUGUUGAAGAAAAAACCGAAAUGCAGGUGUUGUGUAAUACAAUAGCAUGCGACCGGAUAUGCACACGUUUUUAUUUAACACAAUACAUAAUAAUCUAAAAACGCAUAAACCAAAAAAAUAAGAACGCGCUGUGCCUUCAGCUAUAUAAUAUACAAAAAAUAAUGUGUCGUUCGCGAGACGAUGACCGGCAUCACGUACUCGCGAUUUAAAAAUUAUUUUUCAGAGCUAUAUUAUUAUUAUUAUUAUAUAUAUAUAUAUGUUUGUACCUAUGUUUGUAUUUAUAAGUAUAUAUAAAAACUUUACAAUUUGUAUUAUAAAAAAAAAAAAAAAAAUUAUAAUAAUGACUUUUCUAUAUAUAUAUAUAAAAUAUAAAUACCUGGUAUUAUACGGUAUAAAUAAAUGUCACAUAGUUCCUUUUUAUAUAUAAUAUUAUGAUAUUUAUUAAUUUAAAAAAAAAAAAAAAAAAAA